AUGGCGAGCCUUGCUGAUGUCGGGUGGAAACUCUUGGAAUUCAAAUCCCGAUCAAAAAGAUCAGGUCUGACUUAUUUAUUUGCAUGACAUCGUUUACUAUGACCCGCCGUGACUGGUUUUAGUUGUGUCUUGGCCUUGAAGAGAGUGUUUGUUUGUGAAACCCGGGGUUAGGUCUGGCCUGUUGUGUGUAAUUAAAUGCCCCCUUUGCAGAGACGGUGCAGCAGGAAAGGUCAGAGGUGAACAUGUGGAGCUAUCAGGGGCUAUUUUAAGAGAGUUUCACCUCGUACUGCUGCCACAACAAACCCACCUACAGUGAGCUGCACUGUGUAGGCCUUUGUGGCGAGUGAGGGUCACCUGGGACAAAUUAUUGAAAAGUGUUAUGGACUAAAAAGAUGAAAACUUCAAAUAAGAUUUACCCAUCCACCUAAGUUUACUCGUAAAACAGCAAAAGACAUUUAAAUGGGUAAGGGUAAAACUGAGUUUCGUAAUCUUGUUGCAUAUUAGUGCAGGAGUGUUGCAUUGAUCAGAGUUUAUAGUUCCUGGAAAGUUGUGCAACUUUCUAUUUUAAAGCUCCAACGUAGAACUUUGCCAAUUUGGCACCUCCUGCAAAGAGCCACCUUUUAUGUCUUUAUGCAGAUCUAGUCCCCCGUUCCUUGUCCAUCUACACCGUUUUCUCUGUUACAGUGGUUAUCAAGUGCAUUUGUAUGAACUUGAGUAAUUCAGCUAAGAUCAGUUAUUUUUUUGUUUGUUUGUUUUUUAAGUAGGCUGUCCUGUAUGUGCUUGUGUAGGUAGACAUACCCUGAUUUCAGAUACAGAAAUAAGCCCUUAUCACCUACAUCCCUACGGAUUGGCCUGUAAUUAUGGCUCAAAUGUAUAGUAUUAAAAAGUGUUUUUUCAUUCAAAGAAAAUCUCAUUCUACUUUCUGUUAACGCUCAUUUUAAUAGUCUUUGUAAGGCUUUACUUAGUAAAAAGUAAACAAGGAUAUUUUUUCAGCUUGCUGUCAGUUGUCUGAUCUUACUCUUACCCCCUCACAGCAGUUACAGACAUAAAACCCAGAACAGAAAUUGUCCCCCGUUGCUAAUGGUCUUGUUUGCUAUUUACGUGACUGUUAAACACCUGUAUUAUGAAUUGGCAUGGGGCCAUUAUAGAACACAGAGCAUGUCCCACAUACAACCCAAAUAACAUUUAGUUAGAUUUUUAAAGACACCUGCAAUGAUAAUUGUGUCAGCCAAUGUCUAAAUAUUUUGUAUGACUUCAGUAUCACAUUUAAUUAAAUCAAAGCUACAAUGCAUUUGUAUGUUUUAUUUUCGCUGUUUAUCUACGAUAAGUGGCUAAAGUUUAACACGUUAGAUUUAAACUUGUUAUGGUGCAGAUUAAAAUGAACAGUAAUGCCUCUGUAUGAUCAACAAAACCGCCUUUUUUAUUCCACGGUGAGUGAGUAAUGGAGGAAUAAGAGUGAGAGAUGUGUUUUAAAAAAAAUUUACCUACUGAAGUACAGGAUCAAAUGGGCAAAAAUGGAAGGAGGCACUGCUUUGUCCCCAGGGUGGUGCUUUAAUAAAGUUUCUCACAGGAGCUUUAAUUUCACUUGUUUUCUCAAGAUCUUGACUUGUUGUAAUAUAAGUAAUGUCAAGAUCAAUAUGUGAUAUGUAGUCUGUUUCCGAGGGGCCCCCAGAGGUAAAUAGUUAUAACCAUCUUUCUCGAUGAAGACUUGCACCCCUAGACCCAAGUGGGUACAAUACAAUAACAAUAAAACUCCCCUGUCUGCAUUUUAUGUUGGUUUGUUGGUCACAAUGGUGUAUAGGACUUUUUUGAUGGUAAUAAGAGUAUAUAAAGUACAUCUUAUAUGCCAAAUUUUAAUUAAUCACUCUUCUGUUGGGAAAAUGAAACAAGUUAAUCUUUUAUUCUAGUGAAAACAGUGUUCUUGAGAAAUAUAGAUUUUGAGAAAACUACCAGAAAUUACUGUUUUUAGGAUUAAGUAUAAUGUCUAUUCAUGUCCACUUAGGGACUCCAUAGUAAUAGCAAUACAUAGUUUAUCACAAAGCAACAUUUGAAAGCUGUUACACUCAUCUUUUGCAGCUAUUGUAUAAUACAGUCAAUCAGAUCAAUCUAAAUUUACUGACUUUGAGGUAAAAUAGACUCUUUUUAGUGCAAACACACUCAGCUAUUUCAUGUGCUUUUUAGUUCUUCUUUGCGUGCCCACGGUAGACUUAACAUCUCCAUAAAACAUGCAAUGUCAUAAUAGCUGAACACAUUGGCACUUUUUAAUUGUAGUUUUAAAAAGACAAAGGUCAAAUCUAUUAAAAUUUGACUUUCAUCAGCAUUAGAUACAGCAUAACAGUAAAAGGAUUCAUUUAGCAGCAGUACUAACACAUCAGUGGGUAUUUGGGACCUGAAGAUUUGAAGUGAUUGUUAUAGGGCAGUUAAUGAGUGGGCCUGGUGCAUCUUAAUUUGAUGUUAUAAUUUUAGGUUCUUCUCUAACAUAACAGUCAUGUAGUAAUUCAUCAUGACUCUGUAUCUCUCAAGGGUUUAAAUAACUUUUGUUACUGUCCUAAAAAAGCAUUGUAAUUUGUUGCAUGUUGUUCUUGAUCAUCAUUGCUCAAUGUACAGCAAUUCAGUGUCAAAUCGUGCAUGUGUCUGAUCUAACUCUGUGCCACUAACUCAUUCCUGUGAACUGCUGUAGAUUUGUGAUUUAGCUGAGAGAGACGAUUGGCCUUAAUUUCACCUUUUGAGAAUGGCCAGCUCAGUGGCUGCAGUCGCUCGGCCACAUCGGAAAAUCAACAGACUCGGUAAGUAGUGGCAGCAGAUCUGAGGAAGUACUACAGUUAUCCACUGAGAGAGGGCAAAGGGAGAUGUGGUCAAAGGAGAAUCGUGGAAACUUAUUUUAGGUCAGCAUUUUAUUUCACAACAUCUUUGCUCAGGAAAACAUCUUUGCUCUCACGUUUAAAACUGAGAAUCACAAUCAGCUUUAUAUUCUUUACCAUUUCUUCAAGUUUUCAACAGGGACUUUAAAAAGUUGGCUCAAUUGUGAGAUAUUUUUGUCAUAUGCAACCCGAACUGCAAUCCAAAAAAGUAAAGAUUCCAAGUGAAAUGCUGAUUAAAACAGAAUCUGAUGGUUUUCUUAUCUGUUUACUUGAAAAUAGUGCAACCUGUCACAUAUCAAAACAGAAAAAUCCAUAGUUUUUAGAAAAAUAUGUAUGCUCAUUUUAGCUUUGAUGCCAGAAACCUUUUUCAUCCAAGCUGGAACAGACACAACAAAAUAAUGUGUAAUACUAAACACACCUAGAGGAACAUCUCCCAAAGAAUACGUAUUUUUUGUAGCAGUAAAGUAAUACAAGAAGGCACUCCAGAGAUCAAGUCUUUCUUAGGUAAAGGUGGGGACAGGUUUUUCACACUGUGAGUGAGUGAGUGAGUGAGUGAGUGAGUGAGUGAGUGAGUGAGUGAGUGAGUGAGUGAGUGAGUGAGUGAGUGAGUGAGUGAGUGAGUGAGUGAGUGAGUGAGUGAGUGAGUGAGUGAGUGAGUGAGUGAGUGAGUGAGGGAGGGAGGGAGGGAGGGAGGGAGGACAUUGUUCAAGAAUAAUGGGCUUGAGCAUACUAUUUCAAAGAAGUUGAGGAUUUCAUCAUCUAUGGUUCAUAUUUUUUAAUUCCCUUACCAGAGGGAUCAAUGUAGUUCUAUCUAAUCUAAUCUAAUCUAAUCUGAUGUAAUAUACUGUAAAUUUUCAGAGAAACUGGAGGGAUGUCUGUACAACAGGGACAAAGCUGGAGGCCAUCACUGGAUGGCUGAUUUGGGCUUCAGGCCCUCAGGUGGUGCUGUAGUAAAAUUUGACAUCACUCUGCAGUGGAAACCACUGCAUUGGCUCAAAAUAUACUGAAAACCAUCGUCUUUGAUCACAGGUUGUCACUGUAUCCCCAAACGUAGGUUAAAACUGUACCUGGCAAAGAGCGAACCUUGUUUAAGCACAAUCUAGAAACACAGGUAACUACUCUGGGCUCAAGCUCAUUGAAGAUGGAUGGGGGUGAAGUGGAAAACUAUUCCUUGGUCUGAGAAAUCAAAAUGUGACAUCAUACAGUAUACAAAUUUAAGAGCAACAUAUGCUGCCAUGUAAACAAUUUUUUUUUUCAGGAAUGUAUAUUUCAGUGAAACAGUGUUAAAUGACAUUUUGUACAUAUCACAACAGCAUGGCUUUGUAGUAGAGGAGGUCAGGCACUAAACUGGUGCAAAAUGUUUAAAGUUUUUUGUUAAAAGAAGUGGUUUCACAACACCAUUCUGAAGGCGUCCAUGUACAAAUUGCUUCGCAGCAUUUAAUUGUCAUCAAAUGGAAAAUCAGCACACAUAUUUUUUAUAAAGCUACAAUUAUUUGCGCUUUUUAGUGAUAUAUGGUGUCUGAGUAAUAAGCAAAUCAUCAAAUUCUGUUUUGAUAAAGACUUCACAGAGUGUCCAAACAUCUUUCAGGCUUUUUUAACCAAUUAUGGGGCAAACAUAUCUCAAAGUAAAGUUUUGUGAUCACAAAACAUAAAUGACUCACACACUUGAGCUCUCUUUGGUGAUUUGAAAACAAAAUAGGCAAAAUAGUGUCAAAUUACCCAUAAUACUGUGAGUGCUUAAAGAACAAAGUGUAUCUGAUGUAGGAUCAGCCACAAUGAGAUUAAAACUCCCUCAAUUGCACAAUAUGAAUUCAAGUCCCAGAAGUGACACAAUAUCAAUGUACAGAGUAGAUAAGAACAUCAUCUUUCACUGUGAUCAGUAUUGAAUUUGUUUAAAAUCAGCCUAAUAACAGCUGCUCACAUUUGUCUGAUCCUGUGUUCAGAAUUAAAAGCGUAAUAUUGGACUUCCACCAUGCUCUUUCUAGGUACUAUCUAUAAAAAGAGAUGGAUUGGCUUUGUCCCCCACAACUUUUAAGCUGAUGGAAAUUAUGCUAAUUUCAGCCAGAAUGUGAAUUUUUCAGUACCUGUGGUAUUGACCCAGGGUCGAACCUAUUAAAAUGCAAAUCUCAGCAAAGUGAAAAGUGUCUGAAAAUAGAGAAAAGUCUACAGAUAGGGGCUUCCCUCAAACUCCUGCUCUCUUGCUCUCUCUUUCUCGGCUCAAGGGGAGGAAAUAUUUUGAUGUGUGCCACAUUACUGUAUGAAUUUUUAGCUCCAGGCCUGAAUAUUGUUUUGUGUGCUGUGUCCUUUGUGAUGCGGUGAGGAGAAUGAUAUACUGGUGGCAUGUUCCUAUUCUUGGAAUUUUGACAGUUUUUAUUAUCUUAUUAUUUGACUGUCUUAUUGUUGCUUUAUAUGUUUUAUUGACACAAUCAAGUCACUCAUUUGUUAAAAAGCUGACUUUUGUCUGGAAAAAAGGAAAAAAAAAUAGAGUUGUUCCAGGAUGAAAAAAUGUGAAAACUUGACCCAUAUGAUUUCAGCCCAGCUUAGCCAGUGUUUAUGGAGAUGAAGAUACAUAUUUGUUUAAAGAAUUUUCAAAGGUAGAUGAACAACAUUAUAAAAUGUGGAUCAAGAUUUGCAACUGUAUUUCUUGUCAACCUAGGGUUAAAGAGAUGUGUUGUUUCUCAGGAUCCAUUUAUGAACCUCUGAAGCUGUCCAUACUCCAGCGUGAGGAUGAACCCUUGUGGGAGAAGCUGGACCGCUACUACAAUGCAGGUAAGCACACUUAUUCACUUUUUGGAUGAUUUUUUUAAUUCUCAUUUCUCAGAGUAAACAAAAAGACUGCACUUUUUAACGAGGACAAAAAUCAACCAACCCAAAACUGGAUGAAGAUGAACACAAAACACACCAACAAAUAACAAGAAUCACAGAGUUAACAAACAUAAUUUCAUAUCUUAUUAGCUUCCUUUUAUUUCUUUAUAGUUUAAUUUCUCUUUAAAGCUCCUGUGAGGACUUGCUGACAUUUAUGAACAGACUGAAAGUCAUAUCGAUGUCUUUUUUUAUGAAACCAAAGCAAAUAGGACUGACAAUUUUUAUUCUGUUAUUUUUGAUAACUAAAACCGGCGCAGGGGGGUGGUCGUUAAGACGCAGCCCCGCCUUUUUUUACAACAUAUGUACAAUCUUUACAAUAGAUGACUCUUUUUUUCUUAUCAGAAGAUGCUCUCAGCAUGUGGAGGACUGGAUGAGCAAAAUGUACUUUGUCUGCGGGGGGGGCAAAAAUGACCUAAAGCAAAAUUUCGUUCUGUUUGAUACAGGUCAAAAAAGUUCUCACAGGAGGUUUAACAAUUAGAAGCAUUUAAUGGAAAGAGAGAUACGUCGAUAAAUACAAGCUGGUGAAUUAGACUGGUGUUCAUCUAUGAAACCCCUGAUAACCAUCGCUCCAUUUAAUAAAAAAAAAAAACGGAAUUCUUUUGCAUCCUUAGGUCUGUCAAUGGCUCAAAAUUUCAAGCAAUUCCAUUGAAUGUAUACCCCACAUUUAGUGGUUCUAUUGCUUUUACAGUAUAUUUUGUGCCAUAUUUUAGCAUCAUUGUCAACCUUUAAUUAAGCCUCAAACAUUACUGAGGUUGCUCUCAUUAACAAGCUCCAGAAAUACAAUUAAAAUAUACCCCAAAGAACCAGAAUUGUACAAGAGAAACAGGAGUGUAAAUAAUUCCACAUAUUUGUGGUGCAGAAAGGCAGAUUUUUGGACUUCAGAGGAAACGUGGUACUUAAAAUAUCAGAUGGUUAAUAAACCCGGAUUGAAAGUGUUCCGUUGUCUAGUACAGCACUGAUGUGAUAUACAGUUUAAAAGUCUCAUAUACGUUGUUACCUCUAUAUUGUUCUGCUGUCAAAAUGAUGCAAGGUUAAGGCUUUGGCGUAAACUUCUAAGCCACAUGUUAAGGCUGAUUAUGCCUUAAUAUUCAUCUAUCUGACAAACAGAAUUAGAGUUGAAAAUCCGUCUAAGUCCUGAAAAUGUUUCCAGUCAUGAAAUCAGAAACAGUUUAUUUCUCCCUCUUCACUUCGACCAAUUUAAUGGUUAACUUUGAAGUUAUCUCAGAGUUGUCCAUAUCAAAGUUCCCUUUAAAAUUGAUAUUGAUUCACCAAGAAAGUCCUUCAAUUUGCUGCUACAUUUCUGACCAGUAAAUUAAGUGAAAUGUUGCUUUAAAGGGGACCUGCCAUCAAAAUUUCAUACCCAUUUCAAUCAUUUUUUCAAAAUCCUUGAUGUCCUCUGAUCAUGUUUGCAACAUAAUUUUAGCUGAAAAGUUAUUUGAUGGUUUGUUUGAAACCAUUUUAGUAUGCCUAAAAAACUUUACAGGAAAACUAACUGAUUUUGGCUCAUUAACAUUUAUGGUAAUGAGCUCUGCUCUGAUUGGAUCGCUGCUGUGAAGCCUGCUGUGCUCUGAUUGGCUCAGCAGUGGAGGUUCUGAUUUCGGUUUAUCCAUUUUGCUAAUGUGUGCUAAAGUAAGGUGACCAAAUGUCUGUAAUGAAAUCUGAGGAGAUUCGGCGCAGCGGCGGGGGGAUGCAGGGGCUGCAUGAUCACAGACAACAUCUCGGUACUAUUUAAUAGCAGCGCAUGCCCCUUGUAAUAACCCCUGUAAGAACUGUUGUUCAGGACUGCUUACUUGAGCUUCCUACCCAUUCGGCUACUGUAAUAACCGUCGAUCUAGCCCACACGCAACAUUUUUGCUCUCAUUCAUAAAACGCUUAAAUUGGGGACAUUUUCGGGGACAGCUUUUGCCGGGGACAGGUCAUCCAAUUCGGGGACUGUCCCCGGAAAUCGCGACGUCUGGUCACCUUAUGCUAAAGGCUAAAAAUGGCAGGUGGUAAACCAUAUAUCUUUGACCCCGAGUCCGAGUCCAAAGAGGUGGUGGAAGUUGAAGAAGAAUACGGAGAGCGAAAGAACUAAUUUCGGUGCUCCAUUUUCUCAUUCAUUCUGCCCAGCUUUAAGUUCAUUUUCCCGGCAGUGAACCCAAGGAAACACCGGUCGUUUGGAAGAGACCUAUAGCGGAUACAGUGGUAGCUGGGUCUCGCUCUGGCUGGAGAGUGAUGAUGACUGUGACUGGGUACGAGAACGAGAGAGUGGGUGCGGCUCACCGAGGACACGCUCGUGAAUAAUAAUCAGCAGGGUCAGCUUGAUGUCUGAAGGACCUGCUUUUUCAACUGGCCUGGUUUACCCGUUUCUUUAUUUUAAAAUUUUAGAGGAUGCAAACGACGUAAUGGUUUAUUUUCACAUUUACAACAUAAGACAAACAUAAUAUGGACUUAAUCUGACACACAAAAAUGCAAAAAAUACAUUUUUGGUGGCAGGUCCCCUUUAAGUUUUAGAAAUAUAUAAGAAAAGCUUUCAAAUGCAGACUUGAGCAUUUUUGACAUGAAAAUAUCUUUUUCUUCAGUGUUUUUGACUUUAUUGAGCAAUUACAUUGCCUAAGUGAAAGGCAAGAUCAUAUUACUUUAAACGCUGCAGAUUGAAUGUUUUCUAAGCUAUACGUGUCUCAUACAACAUCACCUUGCACCUUGCAUAUCGAAUUUCCUUGUUUAUGAAACAGAUGUGACUAAGCACAAAGAGAAAGAACUACACUGCUGUUGAAGCUACACUGUUGAAUUUCACAGCAAGUCCGGCAAAUGGUUUGGGGUGGCAUCUGUGCCAAGAGAAGCCUGUGCUUGUUGCACCCCUGCCUACAAGUUUUUGAUCUCACUUUUCUCAAUGAGUGGAUUUAUGAAUGAAGCCAUGGCUACAUUUACAAAAGAUUUUCAUAAUUCAGCGUUUUACACCUCCUUGAAGUCACCAAGGCAGGACACAAGCUACCAAUGAUUUAUGAACCAAUUCUUCAGUCCCAUCCAGGUGAUGAUUCUUGUCUGUGUAAUCAGGAAAGGAGACUGCAGGAGAGAUGAAUAGACAUCAGUGCUGAUUAUUUAAGCCCCCCGCAGCUGUGACUUUACUGCUGUGCAAACCAGAGCUGCUCCCAGAACACACAAAGGCCAGAACACACAUGUGACCACUACAAGGCUCAGACAUGAAGGACCAUUGGAUAAGUUUUAAACAAUGAGAGGCCAGCUUUCCAUAAAAAUUGUGAUUUUAUUCAGGAGACCCAUGGUUGAUGAGAAAUAUUGCUGCCAUGAAUGUGAUCCCUGUGGGUAACAUGAGGUGUGUCAGCUAUUGCUUUCUGAAGAAAAAAAUCGAAUUGUGUUUUCUUUAACAAUCAAAGAACUCACUGGGACCCUCUGCCAUGAAAAACACUAAAAAGUUUUAAGAAUUGGCAGCAUGCUGUCAACCACCAAUCCGCAGGAACCUUACAGGUAUUUAAUAUGAAAUAAUUUGAAGAGGUAGUGAGUAAUGAGCAUAGCACCCCUUACAAACAGCCACUAUUUGCCCACCUGUUAGUCAAUUGAAUGCGCCUUCAGUCAUGCCAGAUCAUGCUAAACUCUUGGUUUCUCUCUUCUGCAGUGAAAAGGAGUGACUUAUAUUGAUGUGAGAUGAUCGUGUUGAUGGCUGCUGUAUUUGUGUGCCAGGGAUUUAUUCCCACAUGUUGCGCUUGUGAGUCAAUCCUCCCCCUCCUGCCAGUACAGGAGUCAUUUUUUUACUGUCUUCUUCUCAGACAAAAGUGGAAGCCACUCCUUCACAUGUAUUUCAAAAUUUUGUGAAUACAGGCCAGUCUGUUUUUUUUAUUUGCCAUUUUUUACCUCAUUAUACAUAUUUUGGCUGAUGACUUCAUCUGCUGGUAAACUAAUUGCAGGUAAAUGGCAUCUGGUCAGUGCUGGCUCACAAAACCCCUGGAUGCUGGCCGCUGGAGAGACUGCAGUUUUUUGCAUUGACUAAAUUGCACCUUGAUCCACAUCAGAUAUUUCAUCCACACUUUGUAAGACUUGCUGAGAAAAGCUGGCUGUUAGAAAAAAAGGAAGUAUGUCAUCACAGUGAGCCAAAACACAGUGAUAGAACAGCUAUUCAUCUCAAAGUACAGUACAUCGAAGUUGUACCUGUGUAUUUUGGGAGUUUGUGGGUGCAAAGUGCAGCACAGUGGCUCAGUGCAUGCUGCAGAGUGCGUAUCCAUCUUUUGUGUUUGUUUUGUCUCGUGAUGACAAACUGGAUUCACCCUUUUUCAGUAAAAUCAAUACAAGGCGAGCGGCAGAGGGGAUAGGCCAAAUACAGCACCUCUUCUGAGAAGAUAUAGUCGGCUUUACUGUGCAGCAGGAAGGAUCAUGUGUUGCCUCUGGCUGUGUGUGUGGCUGUUGGAUACUGGUAAUACAGCUCAGGAUGGUUUCCCUGAGGAUCAGAGCUGAUUCUGCCACUGAGGACACAGGCUUGGCUUUUCUGGGUUACUCUUGUUGUAGAAACAGAAAUGUGGUGUUUGGUGCAGCAGACAAAUCCUGGCAUGUUCUCUAGAGGAUCUCUUUACUUUAUGUGCAUUAAAUGUCCUUUUUCAGACAAAUAAUGUGUUGUACAUCUUUGAUCGCUCACGUCCACAUUUGCCCACAGUUGUGUCAUUAAGUAAGUGUAGAAACCAUUGACUGUAUAUAGAAUAGACAGCAUCAGCCUCCUCAAUGGGUGAAGCCACUCCUAGAACAGCACACUCUGGCGACAGGCUGCAAUACAGGUCAUAAAUCCCACCUCUGCCGGCAAGGCUUAUGGGGCUGUGGACAAACUUUACAAAUGUAUUACACAGAACAUAAAUUUUUUCCCCCUGCUUGCGAUGUUGACAUGUAGUUACUGUAAGACUGGUUUGUGCUCAAGUCGUCUUUUUCUGUGCAGCUCCAUUUUUAAAAGUUAUGAGGGAGUUCAUGUUUUCUAUGAUUGACACCUGAUAAAGCGUAUGGGCAUACAAGGAUUGCGUAGCUCACCUGGGGGAUACGCUGUUUGAGCUGAGCGUCAUCACAGCAACUCUUGGUGACUCUCCAGCCGAAUGCGUACAAUGCUGCUGCCCAAUGGUGAUGUGUAUACAACGCUACUGUGCAAUGUUGGUUUCAGGAAAUGGAGAAUAAAUUGCAGAAUUACAGAGAGCUUUUUGGCUUCAAAUCUGUGUGUUGGCAUAAGGCGGAACCAAAUUGUCCACAGUCUAUGGUAGAAACGUACAAAUGCUUACAUCAGGGGUGUCAAAGUCAAAUGGACGGAGGGCCAAAUAAAAAAUUUAGCUACAAGCCGAGGGCCGGACUGAUAGAAUGUUCAUUGAAAAUUUUUUAAAUGACGCAUAUAGUCUAGUGAACCUAACUGAACCUACUGAAAACCUAACAAAUAUAUUCCAAUAUGAUCAGAUAAAUAAAGCAAUAUUUUCUUAUGGCUCUGUCAGUAAUCUUUAAUUUUCAACAGACACAAAAGACAAAUUUCCUUUAUAUAAAAAUCCCCAUAACAUGAACAUUAAAUGAAAGAAACCGGUAUUAUUCAAGGCACCAUCAGUAGCCUAUAUUUUCUAUUUUAGCAAAAGUGGGCUAAAUUUACUUCAAAGAAAAAAAAAAUAAUAGCAAUUUUCUAUCAUCCACUCAACUGAAAUAUUUUUAAAAUAUGAUUGGAUUGAAAUACAAUAAAAACGUGUUUCGUUUCAUAAUGUCGUCUCAGAUUAUACUCUUUCAGUACCGCCACACUUUCUCCACACAGAAGACACACAGGUUUUCCAGCUACCUCCGUGAACAUAUACUCCGACUCCCACCUUGUUUGAAACCCCCGGUUCUCAGUGUCCACCUUCCGUUUUGCCAUUUUUGAUGGGUAUCUGAAAGUUAAUUUUACUGUUAUGCUGACGACUGCUGUGCUAAUAAAUAUCGAAAUGAAGCAGCCUACUGCUCGGUGCGUCACCGUUGCAUUGUGGGAAAUGUAGUAUUGGUGCGUCUAAAAGAUCUGCGGGCUGCCGGCUUGCUGCGGUCUGCGGGCCGGUUCUAAUAAUAAAUCAAGAUCAUCCCAGGGGCCGUAAAAAACCUUCUCGCGGGCCGGUUGUGGCCCGCGGGCCUUGACUCUGACAUAUGUGGCUUACAUUAUCAUUAUUAGUAUCCUGCUGCACUGUCAGAGAGACCCAUCACAAAUUCCAUGCCUGGUUGGAGAUUGACAGUGACAUUUACUGGAUCAGAGAACAUCGAAAAUCAUGUCCUUCUUCGUGCACUGACCUUGCACUAAAAUGACUCAAAAUGUCAUUUUUCCAGCUGCAAUUUGGGUGAGUGUUGCAAAAACUGCCUCCAAACUCAGCUCCAGGGUGCUGCAGCACUUAGUAGUGGAGGCAUGUAGUUGUGGAUGGCCUUUAGCUACAGUCAGAUGUGAGACGACUAAAAGUCAGUGCUGCGCUGAGGUCUGACAGCAGGCUGAAUUUGCUUUGAUAAUCACACAUUAACUCAGAAGAGUCUCCAUCAGUCGAAGUUGCGGUGACAUAUUGAACGGCCUGACUUGUUUAGCAGUUUUUGCAACACUCACCCAAAUUGCAUCAAUGACUGUGAUCAGAAAAAGAGUAAAUCUAAAGAGCUGCUUCAUCAUCUCCCGUUAACUGAAUACAAACAGAGUCCAACCCAUCACAGAGGAGCUACAAAACAAGUAGAAGUGAAUCACAGCGAAAAGUCAUGUGGUGUGGAGGCACUUCUGCUCAAUGGAGGCAGAAAAUUCCUGACUUGUUAACCUAGAAAUAAUGAAACUUGCAAAAAGAGACGCAAAGAACGGUAGGUCAGAUUCAAUUUCUUUACUGAAGGGUGCAUCUUUUCAUCAUAAUGGUAUAACCCUCUGUAUUAUAACUGUAAAAAGUGUCCUCUGAAGGACAUUUCUACUAUUUUUACCAAAGAUAAAAAUCAAGACACUCAAAACCUACAGUAACGACUUUUUAGUUGAGUAUUUACUACACCAAGGUUGAUGCUGAUGUCGCUUUAUGUGUUAGGAAUCGAACAAAGGCCAGGACCAAAAAAUGCAGAGGCAAAUGCCCAAAUUUAUUGACAAUAAACAAUAGAACAAAGUGAGCAACAGAAAAUCGCUGUUUCCGGGAAAGGCACGGUCAGCUCGGACUGCCACUAAAAAACACAAAACCAGGGUUAGAAGAUAGUCACAGCAGCAAGGCAAAAUAGCUGGUGAAAAAACAAAGUUCAAAUGAUAGUGCCACGUGGGGCAAGUAACAACGAAGGAUGUAAAAAGACAAAGUGCAACAGAAAUAGUAAACCAAAAAAAUCUUCUCAACUGGAGGAAAAAACACAAACACAAAAUCACCUUUGAUCAAGGGAAAAACUCUCUGGGAAGUAACAAAAGAACUCACAAACGAACACUGAGAGGCAGGCUGGAUACACGGGUGGGAGAUCAGGGAGCUCGGUGUGGCAAGACAUGUGUUGCAUGACUGAGAAAUCAUCCGGCACUGAGUCGACAGAGGAGCUGGCAUAUAAAGCCAGGUAAUUGACACCAACGAGAAUCAGGUGUGUGCAGUCAGCCCGGGCCAGCCCUGCCUCCCGCCGUGCCUCCAGCGCUGCAGAGAGAGAGAGAGUGAGAACACACACAGAGGAGUAGAACACAAGAACCCCAACUGCUGCAUAACUCAAAGCCCUCACAGUACCCUCCCCUCAAGGAAUGCCUCUUAGCGUUCUACCUGGUUUACCUGGGUGGGCGGCAUAGAAGUCUCGCAGCAGCUGUGAGUCGAGGAUGAGGGAACGCAAGAUCCAUGAGCACUCCUCAGGACCAUACCCCUCCCAGUCAACCAAGUAUUGAAACCCCCGGCCUUUCUUGCAGACAUCCAGAAUCCUGUUCACUGUGUAGGCGGAGUGGUAGUCGAUGAGGCGAGGAGGAGGAGGUGGUGGUGCUGGGGGCUGGAGGGGGCUGUUGAUGAUCUUCUGAAUGACGAAGGGACCAAUGUAGCGCGGGGCCAGCUUCCGGGAUUCCGUCUGGAGGGGAAGAUCACUUGAGGAGAGCCAGACUUGCUGCCCUGCUUGGUAGGCGGGAGCCGGGGUGCGAUGGCGGUCUGCUAGCCUGCGGUUGCAUUCCGUGGUACAGCUCAGCCCCGCUUGCGCCUCCCGCCAGACCCACCUAAUCCUCUGGAACUGUGUCUGUAUUGAGGGGACUGCAGCAUCCGAUUCCUGGUUCGGGAACAGGGGGGGUUGGAAACCACAGUUAAUCAUGAAAGGGGACAUCCCUGUUGCGGAACUGACCGGGCUGUUGUGGGCAUACUCCACCCAGGGAAGAUGUGUAGACCACGCAACGGGUAGGCGAGAGGCGAUGCAGCGCAAGGCGGACUCCAAGUCCUGUUUCGCCCGCUCAGUCUGGCCGUUCGACUGCGGGUGGUAGCCAGAAGAGAGGCUGGCCGUAGCCCCCAGGCCCCUACAGAAAGCCUUCCAAACCUGGGAGGUGAACUGGGGCCCCCGGUCUGACACUAUGUCCGUGGGAAUUCCGUGAGGUCUCAACACAUUUAGGAUGAGCAGUGGGACGAAAUGAACCGCCUUGGAGAAGCGAUCCAGGAUGGUGAGUAUGAUAUCGUUGCCUUCAGAGGGAGGGAGACCAGUGGCGAAGUCCACAGCGAUGUGAGACCAGGGGUGUGAGGGUACAGGGAGAGGAUGCAGGAGCCUGGUAGGGGCCUGGUGAGAGGAUUUGCUGCGGGCACAGACCGAGCAGGUGGCAAUGAAGGUGCGAAUGUCCGCUGUCAUCGAAGGCCACCAGAAGUGUUGUUGCACCAGCAUAAGAGUCUGCCGAACCCCGGGAUGGCAGGCGAGCUGGGAGGCGUGCCCCCACAGGAGCACCACGGAUCUGGCCGCAGGCGGGAUGAACAGCUGCCCCUCAGGUACGUGUUUGGUGUUCGGGAGCGAGGUGCGAGCUGGCGUCAGGCGAGGAGGCGUAGUCUCCGGGGCUGCAGACACUGGAAGCUGGUGAACGGCGAGUCUGAUCCACUCUCCUCUCCCUCCGUCUCUCUCUGAGUCUGUUGUCUAUGUGAAUGCUCAACUCUAUUAGCUCGUUUAGGGAGGAGCUCUCCUCCCGCACUGCCAACUCAUCUUUUAAUUCUCCCGUUAACCCUUUGCGGAAUAUGGCUCGGAGAGCGGUGUCCCCAAACCCACUGCUGGCCGCCAGAAUACAGAAGUUUAUGGCGUACUGGGAGUCUGGUAAACUGCCCUGCCGUAGGUCUAAUAGCUGACCCGUAGCUUCUCUACCCUUUAUCGGGUGAUCAAAGAUUCGUUUCAUUUUCCUCGUGAAUUGGGCGAAUGGCCUACAAAAGCUUACAAGGCCAUUGUUAAGAUAAAUAAUUUUCCCAUAACUAUUUACCUGUCAGGCAGGUAAAUAAUUCCAUAGCUAAGAUUCACAGUGGGGGUUAGGUUUGAUGGUUAACAAAGGCAGUAAGAGGAGUUUUCAUCAGAAAACACUGCUUAUACGUGUGAUGUACUCAGGCUGUUUGAGUGGCCAGGGGAAUCAAAUGUAUGGAAUCAGUGUACAGAGAGUUGUUAUUAAUGAAGAUCUUUCUGUAGCAGCCUUUUGAAAACCAGUCUGAUGUGAUCAUACGAUUAUUGCACAACAGGCCUUGCUCAAUCUUGUCAAAAAUAAUGGUUGCCUCACACAGACACAUACAGACACACAAACACACACACGCACACACACAAGUACACAUUAUGGCAACCCUGGACAGCAGGUAGUUUGGAGACUACACAACUGGGGCACUUUUUCAAACUGACACUGAAUUUUUGUGCAACAUUGAGUGGUGUAAAUUUGUAAGAAACACGACAAACUAUUAAACAUAAUUGUCAAACAAAGAAUACUAGUAGGGCUUUCAGAUGGCACAACUUUGAUAUUCUGUAUACUGGAAGUACACCCAUUAUAUACUAUUAUUAGGUCAUGUUAUCCAGCAGUAGGGCUUUGUCAUAUUUUGCUCAUUAAAAGAGCAAAUACUUAAGUGUUCUUUCAUGUAAAGGGUUUUGGAGCGGCAUUUUAUGAUGCCUUAUGUAGGUAAGUUACACCCAAGAGGACACUUGUGUUGUUUUUUUUUUUUAGACAUGGCAAAGAUGAUGAUGAAGUACUCAGUAUCUCAUAGAUGAUGGAAUAUCAAGUAGCAGACAAAUAUUGAUCAAUACUAAAGUAGUCACAAGAUAGUGACCCGGGGGUUAGAGAACUAAAGACAUUUGAAUCAGAAUCAAGCUGCUCCAUAAAUUUAGAGUCACUACGUAGGCUCAGGUUAAUAGGAUCAAAAUGCAUAUGAUUUGAGGCAAUUUUUAACCCAAUCUUACAUUUAAUAUUCCCAACCAAGUCAUCAUCAUCAAUAUCAUGAUAUGGGAAUAUGGAGAGACACUCAGAACAAGUCCAAGAGCUCCAUUCAUUCAUUUCACAUUCAUUAAUAGGUGUGCAUCUCAGAUGGUAACACUUUGUACAGCAAGUACAACAAACAGUUGGAUUAGAAAGGAUGUCAUGGCAGUGAUGACAGUCCAUCAAAGGGUAUAGGAAGGAUCAUGUUAUACCAAUAUACUGAGAAAAAUAUUGAGAUACAUAAUGAAUGUGAAAACUGUGUGUGUGUGUGUGUGUGUGUGUGUGUGUGUGUGUGUGUGUGUGUGUGUGCGUGCGUGCAUGUGUGCAUGUGUGUGUGCAUGCUCGUGCGUGCUAUACAUAGUACAUGAUGUGUGAUUAAAAAUUGGACAGUUUUAGCAGUUCACCUAGACCUUGGUGCAGGUUUCUGUGAUGGUGGGUGGACAAUGAGUUUAUCAUACCGCAGAUAGGCAAUGUCCCCCUUCUCCCUGGCAGCCCUCAUGGCUGGAAGAAGUUAUUUUCUCUUCUGUCGAACGGCUUCAGGAAAAUCUUCAUUUAUGUAGAUGUUCGUGCCUUUUAGGGCUUUGGCUUUGCUGAGAACCUCUUGUUUGUCCUUGUAGCAUAGAAACUUGACAACAAUGGGCCGGGGUCUGGUGCUGGUUGCCGAGGGUUUUCCAGUCCCGUGGGCCCGCUCCACCUCAAUUUUGCGAUGGUCCAACUGUAGCUUCUCAGAAAGCAGCUUCUUCACUUUGUCCUCAGAAUCAGACCAUUUCUCACCCUCCAACUCUUUAAUGCCAUCAAUAAUGACAUUAUUUCUCCUGGAUUGUCCUUCCAUAUAGUGAAGUUUAUCAUUUAGUGGGAUAAGGCUUUUGCUGACUGAUACCACACCAUUCUCGGUUUCUUUGCAGGUAUUUCCCCAGGUCUUGCAGUGGUCCUUAAAAUCUUCUCAGAAGUUCUUUUUGAGUGAAUUCCAGACUAGCCUUGAGAGCAUGGACUUCUCUCAUCAGCUCCCCAACUUUUUUGUUUGAGGAGUCAACCAGGAUUUCCACACAGGAUUUGAAAAUUUUCUCCUGUUGCUCUAAAAGAGCUUUAUAAAAGUUCUUUUGGUGCUCAAGCAGUUCACGCACCUGGGCCAUGGAAACAGCAUCCUCAGAGUUCUUGUGGUUUUUCUUAGUCUGAGGCAUGACCGUUGUCAGUUUGUCCAGGUAGCAAACAAAGCCAGCUCACGUGCUAGUAGCAGCUGAGGCUCUGUAGGCCUCUGUGGGCCAAUGUAGGCCUCUGUAGGCUGUCGCAGCAGAGAAGUAUGCUGAAGUAGAUCCACCAAAAAUCAUAUGUCACAAAAACCAUCCACGAUUUUUGACUACCUGUCCACUUAGAUUGACUUUAGAGUGUCAAGUAGCACUUAAAAUUAAAAUCUUUGAGAGCUUUGGAGGUGGUUAAUUUGAUUCACAUAUCAUCAAGCUUCUAAGAGAUGUGAUCUAGCCUCCAAUGGCACUGUUUAAGAAUUGUUCAUUACUUACCUGAAAGCUACAUCUGCACAAGUAACAAAAUAUUUUUAGUUAAGUGUUUUAUUGUUCUCAUUUCCCACCAAUGUUGAAACACAGAUACACAAAGCAAGAAGUCAUUAGUUUCUUCCAAAAAAUAUUGCACUUUUUUCCGCUGUAUCUCCAAUUCCCAGAUACAGGUUAUUUAUAGCUGCCUUUAUAUCCCUUGGAAACUCUCUCAUACUGACUGAUGUUCAUAAUAUCAAAGUGACAGUGUCUAUAAAAAAGAAACAAGUCUUCAGCUGGUGUACAGACUUUGGACAGAGGAGAGGAGGAAAACAGCAUUUAUUGAGACAAAAGGGAUAAAUCCUAGCUGCAGGUGAGGAUUCAGCUCAGGCGCUGGAUUUACUUAAGACGUAAUAAACUGCAGAGUUUGCCAGCAGAGUUCUGUUAACAUAAGUGUGUGUCUUGUUGUUUUAUUCUGCAGUUUAAACAGAGCAAAGCGGAGGGUUGAUGCCUUUUCCCCAGGUGUGGAUUUAGGGUUGUAAAAGCACCCUGUGUGUGUUUGGACUUCAUGUUUUCUCACUCGAACACGCUUUUGGCAGAUGUGACAUAGCCCAGUGGUCCGCCCUGAUGAAGACAAGGCAACUUGUGUGUUUGUGUGUUUUCAUUACAGGACGUUUAUCAGGCUGCGUGUGUGUGUACAUGUGUGUGUGUGUGUGUGUGUGUGUGUGUGUGUUUGUGUGUGUGUGUGUGUGUUUUACAAAAUGUCUGAAAAGGAUAAAUAGAGCUCAGUGUGCAACAGGUGUAGCUCUCAGUUGGAGCUGAUUUGCUGCUAUCAGCGGGUGCAGCGUAGCCUCCAGCAUCAGCGGCGCAGAAACCCCACAGAUUUAGAAAAAAGCACCACCAGAUUGCAGUAUGCAGCGGGUAUGCAGCAUUACACAUCGGGCUUGUUUAAUUGUUGUGUUGGGUGGUGCCUGCAAGCGAUUGUCCAAUUCUAGUGAGGGAACAAAGCCAACAUUGUUAUCGCCGGCACCCAGACCUGCCUGCCAAUAUACCUGCUUUCCUGCAGACUGAAGGAGGGAGAAGGGGGGAAGGGGGUGAGGUUUGGGGUGACAAUGACAAAUCAAACUUGUUCCAUUUUCCCUCCUUUCUCUUUGUUUGCUCUUUUGUUGCAAAGCUGCCCCCAACAGGCUUAAACUCAUGAUGCUGCUGCGAUAGGAGGACUUGUUUUCUGUUAUCAAGAAAAAAACACAAGGGGAACAUUUACCUCCAUCUCUCAUCACUCCAUCAUCUCUCUCUCUCCUUUUCUCUCCUUUCCCUUACAUCUUUAUGGUUCCUUAUUUUUGUGGCAAUGUGGCCACACUCCAUUGACUCAGCUGGCUUCCUGAUAAUACUGCAAGGCAGAAGGCGGGAUCAUGCUGCCGUCUGGCUCAUACAGAUUAAGAAAUGAAACUUUUUUUUUUUUUCUUCCUGUUCAUCAUUAGGGAUUUGUUGCAGAAACAAAGUGAUUUUUGCACUUUCUCAUUAACUUUGCUCUAAACUUUUGCAACUCUACUCUGCCCACCUACUCUUACUUUCUUACUUCCCCUCUAAGGUUCUCAAAAUUUUCAGUACUUUGAGGCUUUUCAAUACCUACUUCUUUGAAAUGACAGAAUAUCUAUAUAUAUAUAUGUUCACUACAGGCUAAAAGUUUGGAAGCAAGGCCAUUACAAGCCGAACAGUUGGGAGUAACUUCAAGUUUUUUUUCACAAUGCUUUUUUUUUAAAUCCAGCACAAGUUUUAUGUAUUUUGGGAUGUAUUUACUCCAUGAUCAGAAGUUGCUUUCAUGGAAAUGCACCAUUUUACUUCAUUUACCUUUAGAAAUACAUUGAUGUUAACAGACCAUUGCUAAAUAUAUGUCAGCAAAAGAAAGUAAGGGCUUAGUUUUAGGGUUGAAAACAGUUGCAAGAGUCACAACUUCAGUUCAAAAGCAAAAAAAACAAAUCACAGUUGGAUUAGUCACUUCAACUUUUUGGCUUUUGAGAGCCUGCGUACAAAAAUCCUAGUAAAUCUCAACUGCGUUCAAACUACCACAAAAUGGCAAGAAAGAAGCAACUAAGUAAAGAAACAAAAGUACAGAUUUGUACAUUGAGGAAAGAAGGAUACACAGAAAGAGAAAUUGCAAAACGCCUAAAGGUGUUUAACAAAGGAGUCCACUACACUCUGAAGAGACUAGAGGAAGCUGGAAGUUAUGAUGAUAGAAAAAGGCCUAGAUGAAAGAGAGUUACAACAAAAGCAGAGGAUAAACAUAUCAUUGUCAUCAGUAAUAGAGAUCGGCAAAAGACAGCACCAAAAAUAAGGAAGGAAAUCAACAUGACAAGGUUGAAACCCAUAUCUCUGACAACCGUGAAAUGACGUUUGAGAAAGGCUGGUCUGAAGGGUUGUGUGUCUGCAAAAAAAAACACUACUUCGUCCACAGAACAAGAAAAAGAGAUAUGAGUGGGCAAAAGCUCACAAAAAUUGGACUUAUGAUGACUAGAAACAAGUUUGCACUGUUUGGGUCAAAAUGCAGAGUCUACGUUUCUGUCAGUCUGCCCCAGGGCAACUGUGACUACUAAGGAAGUUUACCACCACCAAAGUGUGACUGUGUGAGUGAAUGAAUGAUGUAUCCAAUGUAAAGCGCUUUGAGGGUCUCUGAUAAAGCGCUAUAAAAAUCUGAUGCAUUAUUAUUAUUAUUAUUAUUAUUAUGUCUGCUGACAAACUGGUGAACGUCUGAAAGCACCAUGUGUUACACCCACAAUUCAGCAUGGAGGUGGUAGUUUCAUGGUAUGGGAAUGUUUUGCAGGUGAUGGAGUAGAAGAUUUGUUUGAAGUAAAGGGUAUCAUGAAGAAGGAACAGUACCACUCCAUCCUCCAGCACCAUGCUGUCCCAUCUGGACUCAGACUUGUGGCUCAUAAGUUUGUUUUGCAGCAAGACAAUGACCCUAAGCACUCUGCCAAGCUCUGUCAGGGUUACCUAGACAAAAAAGAAGAGGACUGUGAUCUUCAAAAGAUGGGUUGGCCCCCUCUGUCUCCAGUUUCUCCAAUUGAGCUUGUGCAGGAUGAAUUGGAUCGAUUGGUCCCACAAAUCAGCAGUCUCUUUUUAAUGAACUUAAGAAAGCUUGGAAUGCAGUCCCUGGAACAUACCUUAAAAAACUUGUGGAACGAAUGUCUGGUAUAUGCCAAGCUGUUGUUAAAGCCAGAGGAAGUUACUUUAAAGAAAACAAAGUCUAAGCAACAAUAACUCAAAUACCUAAUAAUUAUAGUCAAAAUGUCUUCUGAUAAGUUACUCUUUACACAAUAGUCAUGUUUAUUGUGUUGCAAAUUAUAUAUAUGAAACUAUGAUCUUUUUUUGUACAAAUCUGAUCUUGCUUCCAAACUUUUGGCCUGUAGUAUACAUAUAUACACUCACCGGCCACUUUAUUAGGUACACCUGUCCAACUGCUCGUUAACACUUAAUUUCUAAUCAGCCAAUCACAUGGCGGCAACUUAGUGCAUUUAGGCAUGUAGACAUGGUCAAGACAAAUCUCCUGCAGUUCAAACCGAGCAUCAGUAUGGGGAAGAAAGGUGAUUUGAGUGAGUUUGAACGUGGCAUGGUUGUUGGUGCCAGAAGGGCUAGUCUGAGUAUUUCAGAAACUGCUGAUCUACUGGGAUUUUCAUGCACAACCAUCUCUAGGGUUUACAGAGAAUGGUCCGAAAAAGAAAAAAUAUCCAGUGAGCGGCAGUUCUGUGGGCGGAAAUGCCUUGUUGAUGCCAGAGGUCAGAGGAGAAUGGCCAGACUGGUUCGAGCUGAUAGAAAGGCAACAGUGACUCAAAUAACCACCCGUUACAACCAAGGUAGGCAGAAGAGCAUCUCUGAACGCACAGUACGUCGAACUUUGAGGCAGAUGGGCUACAGCAGCAGAAGACCACACCGGGUGCCACUCCUUUCAGCUAAGAACAGGAAACUGAGGCUACAAUUUGCACAAGCUCAUCGAAAUUGGACAAUAGAAGAUUGGAAAAACGUUGCCUGGUCUGAUGAGUCUCGAUUUCUGCUGCGACAUUCGGAUGGUAGGGUCAGAAUUUGGCGUCAACAACAUGAAAGCAUGGAUCCAUCCUGCCUUGUAUCAACGGUUCAGGCUGGUGGUGGUGGUGUCAUGGGGUGGGGAAUAUUUUCUUGGCACUCUUUGGGCCCCUUGGUACCAAUUGAGCAUCGUUGCAACGCCACAGCCUACCUGAGUAUUGUUGCUGACCAUGUCCAUCCCUUUAUGACCACAAUGUACCCAACUUCUGAUGGCUACUUUCAGCAGGAUAAUGCGCCAUGUCAUAAAGCUGGAAUCAUCUCAGACUGGUUUCUUGAACAUGACAAUGAGUUCACUGUACUCAAAUGGCCUCCACAGUCACCAGAUCUCAAUCCAAUAGAGCAUCUUUGGGAUGUGGUGGAACGGGAGAUUCGCAUCAUGGAUGUGCAGCCGACAAAUCUGCGGCAACUGUGUGAUGCCAUCAUGUCAAUAUGGACCAAGCUCUCUGAGGAAUGCUUCCAGCACCUUGUUGAAUCUAUGCCACGAAGAAUUGAGGCAGUUCUGAAGGCAAAAGGGGGUCCAACCCGUUACUAGCAUGGUGUACCUAAUAAAGUGGCCGGUGAGUGUAUAUAUAUAUAUAUAUAUAUGUAUAUAUAUAUAUAUAUACAUAUGUGUGUGUGUGUGUGUGUGUGUGUGUGUGUGUGUGUAUGUACAGUUCAAACCAGAAGUUUACAUACACUAUAUAAAAAGGCACAUAACCUUUUUUUUCUUACUGUCUAACAUUAAAUCAGAUUCAGCUUUUUCUGUUUUGGGUCAAUUAGGAUUACCAAAAUUAUUUUUAUAUGCUAAAUGUCAGAAUAAUGAGAGAGAGAAUUUUUUAGACAAUUUUUUUAUUGCUUUCUCGAGAGUCAAAAGUUGUCAUACACUAAGAUGACUAUGCCUUUAAACAAUUUGGGAAAGUCCAGAUGAUAGGUUUAUUGACAACAUUUGAUUUAAUAAGGGACACACCUGUGGAUGUAUUUUAGGGCAAACCUGAAACACACUGCUUCUUUGUGUAACAUCAUGGGAAAAAAAUCUAAAGCAAUCAGCCAAGAUAUCAGGAAGAGAAUUGCUGGACUUACACAAGUCUGGUUCAUCCUUGGGUGCAAUUUCCAGAUGCCUAAAGGUGCCAUGUUCAUCUGCUCAAACAAUUAUAUGCAAGUAUAAACACCAUGGAAAUGUCCAGACAUCAUACCACUCAGGGAGGAGACAGGUUCUGUGUCCCAGAGAUAAACGUUCUUUGGUCCGAAAUGUGAAUAUCAACCCAAGAACAACAGCGAAAGCCCUUGUGAAGAUGCUGGCUGAAGCUGGUAAGGGUGUGUCAUUAUCAGCAGUGAAGCGAGUCCUGUCCCAACAUGGGCUAAAAGGCCACUCUUCCAGGAAUAAGCCAUUUCUCCAAAAGAAACCUAAAAGGCCAGAUUAAAGUUUGCAAAUACACACAGGGACAAAGACCUUAAUUUUUGGAGACAUGUCCUGUGGUCUAACAAAACUAAAAUUGAACUUUUGGUCAUAAUGUCCAUUGUUACAUUUGGAGGAAAAAAGGGGAAGCUUGCAAGCCUGAAAACACCAUCCCAAAUGUGAAAUAUGGGGUUGACAGCAUCAUGUUGUGAGGUUGUUUUGCUGCAGGCGGGACUUGUGGACUUCACAAAAUAGAUGGCAUCAUGAGGAAGGAACAUUAUGAGGAAAUACUGAGGAAAUACAUCUCAAGACAUCAGCCAGGAAAUUGAAGCUUGAGCGCAAAUGGGUUUUCCAGUGACCCUAAGCAUACUGCCAAACUGGUUACAAAGUGGCGUAAGGAUAACAAAGUCAGUGUUUUAAAGUGGCCAUCACAAAGCCCUGAUCGCAAUCUUAUCGAAAAUUUAUGGGCAGAACUGAAAAGUCAUGUGCAAGCAUAGUGACUUAAAGACUGUACUGCAGAAAUUCUGCCAGCACGUCAAGUGCCCAACAAGGGGAGAAAACACUCUGGAUCAUGUGUACUCCAACAUCAAACAUGGUUACAGAGCCACACCCCUCCCCCACCUCGGACAGUCAGACCAUAUCUCCCUGCUGCUCACCCGUGCAUACACCCCCCUCAGACGCACAUCCAGGCCCACAACAAAGACCAUCACCACCUGGCCUGAGAGUGCAUUCAGUAGCCUUCAGGACUGUUUCCACCACACAGACUGGGAACUGUUUGAGCACCAGGAUCUGGACACAUUCACAGGGACUGUACUGGACUACAUCAAGUUCUGUAUGGGAACUGUGUGUGUGGACAAAGUCAUACAGGUAUAUUCCAACCAGAAACUCUGGAUGACCAGCCAGGUCCGCUCCCUCCUCAAAGCCCGCGACUUCACUUUCAGAUCAGGGGACAGAGCCCUCUACAGCACUGCUCAAGCUGACCUGAAGAGAGGAAUUAAAAGAGCCAAAGUGAACUACAAGUGGAAAAUAGAGUCCCACCUCGCCAGCAACAGACCACGGGAGGUGUGGCGGGGUCUACAGGACAUCACAAACUUCAGAGGCUGUGAUGUGACAUCAGGAGACCUAAGUGUGUCGCUGGCAGAGGAGCUCAACAGCUUCUUUGCCCACUUUGAAACGCCACCGUGUGGCAGGGGCAGGACUAGUUCCUCUGAACUAGUCCUGCCCCUACCACCUCCCCCACCAGGCCCCCCCACCCACUGUGGAAGAGGACGAUGUGAGGCGUGUGCUCCUGGCAGUAACCCCCAGGACAGCCCUUGGCCCUGAUGGAGUACCUAGACAGGUGCUUAGAGCAUGCGACCAGCAGCUGUCCACCAUCUUCUGCAGGAUCCUCAACCUGACAGUGGCCCAAGCAGUUAUCCCCACCAGCCUGAAGUCAGCCACAAUAAUCCCCGUCCCAAAGUCAUCACCCAUAUCCAUCCUCAGUGACUACCGCCCUGUGGCCCUCAACACCUGUCAUCAUGAAGUGCUUCGAGAGACGGGUUAUCCGGCACAUCAAGGACUCCACACAUUCAGGUUCCUGGGAUUCCAGAUCUGUGACGACCUCUCCUGGUCAGCCAAAAUCACUGCCAUCAUAAAGAAGGCCCAGCAGCAGCUGCACUUCCUGAGAGUCCCCAGGAGGAACCAGCUGGACAGGGAGCUGCUGCUGGCCUUCUACCACUCAUCCAUCGAGAGCCUGCUGAUGUACUGCAUCACCACAUGGUACGAAAGCUGCACCGAGGCGGACAGAGGGAGGCUCCAGAGGACAGUCAAAACAGCACAGAGGAUCAUUGGCUGCCCUCUCCCCUCCCUGACGGACAUCUACUCCACCCGGUGCCUCAGCAGAGCUCAAAACAUCAUCCAGAACCCUUCACACCCCGGUGCCCAGCUGUUUGACCUGCUGCCCUCUGGGAGGCGCUACAGGUGCAUCAAAGCAAGAACUGACAGACUCAAAAACAGCUUCUUCCCCCGAGCCAUCACCAUCUUAAACUCCCAUAAACCAGCUUCAGCCCUCAAGAUGAGAUAACAAGUGCAAUAUUACCAAUGUUACUGCUGCUGUGUUGAUUAUUAUAUUCUUAACCUGUGCAAUACAUGUCCAUAUUCAUAUAAAAAAAUUUACAUAUAUACAUAUAUUCCAACACACAUAUAUAUAUUUAUUUUUGAUAAUUCUCUUUAGUAUUUAUCUUUCUAUUUUAUUCUUAUACCUAAGUUUUAUUUUAAUAUUCUGUAGAAUUCUUGUCUUGUAUAUAUAUUUCCUUCUUUCUUACAACUAUUUGUACUUUUACUACCUUAUUUUUACUUGUCUAUUGCACUGGAAAGGAGAAGCUCUCCAAUCUCAUAGUACUUAUAGUAUGAUGACAAUAAAGGACAUUUUGAUUCUGAUUCUGAUUCUGGCCUACAAACUUGGCUCAGUCACACCAGUUCUGUCAGGAGAAAUGGGCUAAAAUUCCUGCAAACUAUUGUGAGGAGCCUGUGGAAGCAUAUCCAAAACAUUUGACCCAAGACAUACAAUUUAAAGGCAGCUACCAAAUAGUAAUGAAAUGUAUGUAAACUUUUGACUCUUGAGAAAGUAAUAAAACAUUGUCUAAAAAAUUAUCUCUCAUUAUUUUGGCCUUUAAGAUAUAAAAACAAUUUUGGUAAUCUUAAUUGACCAAAAACAGGAAAAGUUUAAUCUGAUUUAAUGUUAGAUGGUGUAAUGGUGUUAGAUGGUGAUGAUGUAAACUUCUGAUUUCAACUGUACAUAUAUAUAUAUAUGCUCAGUGCAUCCCUCUGCAAAAACAGACUGUUUGUAAACCUAGCAUUAAACAGUAUUUGUCACUACCGCUGUUUAAAAUUUCCAAGGAGGAGGUGAAAUCACUGUUCACAGAUGCUUUUCAAAGUAAAAGUCUUUUUUAUUCAUAUAUAUUUUCGUAUAAUAUUUUCCUGUAGUGUAGGAAUUUGUGGAAAAAAUUUUGCAUUUAAGUCAAUGAGACAAGCCAAAAAAGGGCAAUUAUUGGGUUUUGGCUAUGUUUACCUCAGACCUUUACAUCUGUUGCAGACAGACCGAGAGUGGAGGAGAGAACUAGCCAUGACAGCUGGUUCAUUUAUGUUUUCUAUUAGUCCUACCCUGUGAAUUGUUUACAGGGAGCCUCACAGCUCUGCACAACGCCCAUAAAAUGACCAAAUUAGUGACCACAUAGGAAAACACAGACAGAGAGCAGAGCACAGCCUCAGCUCAUACACACACCUCCUCUGGGUUAUGAAAAACAAUUUAGGGGAAGUGUUUUAUUUUCAUCGUUGACAUUAUUUACAGGGGAAAUACUUUUUUUAAUUUCCAUUACUAUUAACAGUACACCAAAUGUUUUCGGUGUUCAGGAGUUAUUAAGACUUUUUCUGCACCAGCUCUAUUAUUGUUGCAAUGGUUUCCUAAAAGGUGUUUGAUUUGUACUGUCAUAGCAAGGUUCAAAUUCUGUUAUCACUGCACUAUUCCCAACCUCAUCUUUGGAAAGGUUUAGGUCAAUAGGAAGCAGUUUCAUUUUGUUUCCGUUGCCUCAGUUCCUCCAAAAACGGACCCCCAUAGACUGUGUUUGCUAAAAAUAUUCCUACCUCUUCUCAGUAUAUUAAAAAAAAUCCUGCAUGAAUUGUUUACAUAGGUAUGAUAUAAUUACCAUUUUCACCACAGACUUAAUUAUUUUCUUUCAGGUUAUACUUUUGGCCAUUUUUGCCUUUAUUAUACAGGACAGCUGAAGAGAGAGCGAAUACAUGGAGAGAGCGGAGCUAGACAUGCAGCAGGAGAUGCAGGAAGUUAUUUUCAUGUGUGCAUAAGAUGAUUUACAAGAUGAAAAUGAGCAUCUUAUGGGACAUAAGAGGUUGGAACAGACCAGUUAUUGGUGAUCAUCUGGCCAACAUUGGGUCUGGCUGAUUUUCUGUAUGUGCCUUUUAUUUUCAGAUGGCUGAUAAAAUCACGUCAUCAAAAAGUACUCUACCUUUGCUGAGCUGAGGAUGUGUCUUUCCCUCUGGGUCUGUUUUCUUUCACCAUGUUGUCUCUGUGAUAUUACAGAUUCCAUAUGUUGACAGAGCUUCUUUUUUCCCCUAAAUAUCAGUCCCAAACAUUGCAAAUAACCAUUGUGAGUAUCACUUUUCAUAUAGACCACCUCAGCAAGCAGAACAGGUUAAAUCAGCAGCAAAUGUCCAGUAUCUGUGGUGGAGAAUGUGCUUUAUUAAAGUGUGUCCACUAAACACGGUAAUUGACUUCUCUGCAAACAUUAUGAAAGUAUUUGGAGCUGGCAUAACACAGUCCAUACUCAAGAAAAUACAAUGACUUGAAUAAUAUCCAGCAAAGUAAUUAAGCGUUUGACACCCAGUGUUUCAUGAACCCAUCUGCACAAAAACUGACAAGGCUGUCCUCAUAAAUGUUCAGAUUUUUCAAUAAGCCCUAUGAGUCAAGAGUCAAGUAGCUUGCUUAGCUCAGUCUGGGAUAAAGACUCCAUGCAGAGAUAGCAGCAUACUAACACAUUUCUCUCGUUAGUGAAAAAGCACACCUAUAGAGCAUAUUAAAUUUUCACAUUUUCUGUUGAAAUUGCUGUAAAAGUAAGUCCUAACCAGUCUUGAACAAUAUUCACCUUCAAUGAGAGAGUAAUCCCUCUUUUUGUAUCAUUCAGUAGUGGUACAUUGUCCGUAUUAAUGUACAGUCUGUGUUUUUUAUAGCAGCUUUAUUUGUUUUUCAUGUUUUUCAAUGUAUGUAGUGUGUUUGAAGUCAUUUUCUCUGAAGCAUUGUGAAAGCAUCAUGAGAUUUAGACAGUAGUUAUUAAGACUAGCUUAAACAAUAGCUGUAUUUAUCUAACUCCAUGUUUCAUCCAGUGAGGGUCUGCUCAGAUAUCUUCUCGUUCUUCAGUUAUAGCUUUAUUUUUUUCUUCUUCUCUUCUUAAUCCAUCUUUUCUGUAUUUUCUGUCCUUCUCAUCAUCUCCUCUCAUUUUCUCCACCCUGACGGUGCAGGGAAAUGGCCCAUUGUAGAAGAGCAGACUGUGUGCGUCUGAGACAUUAGCUGCUGAUUUAGUGGGACAUUAGCUUGAUGGAUAGCUCAGCACCAGACUCCAAAUAACAGUUGAUAUGCAUCUAGAAAAACUUUUGGUCUGAGAUGGAGCAACACUAAGCACUCAUUUUUUUGUGUUCUGUGCUUGAUGAUGACUUUCUCAGCCCCACUGUCUUGAGAUGAACUCUUCAGACCUUUAUUGCUCUGAACUGAGCUGUAUCAGAGCGACUGAACACAUUUUUAUCUGAGCUUUGUGGUAAAAUACUGAAAAUAGAUUUUCAAGCCUUUGAGCUUGAUAGAUGAUAAAUACUCUGUUGAGCUAACUUGAGUUUGAGUGGAUGAGAAAUAGAGCCUGUCUGAGGGAAUGAAAUACUGGAUAACAUCUUUCUAACUGUUCUUGAGACCACAGUUUAUUAUCAUUGCUUAUCCAGCAGCCAAGUGUGACAUGUGCAAUAACAGAGGACAGUGGUAAAUUAUUUCAUGCACUGUUUUCAGUCUUAUUUUACUGGUGUGAAAUUUUGUGUGCCUCAGGGGUCGUUUAAGGUCCAAAUUUUUUUCCUUAUAAAUCAUCACCCUGGGUGUGUCAGGAGGUGAACCAUGGAUCGUUUCAUCUUUAUGCAGAUGACACUCAUUUGUACAGACCCUGGUAUGCUGUGCUCAGUGAACGAUUGUCUGUCUGAGAUUGAGAGUUGUAUGUUGAGGAAUUCUUCACUUCUGAAUUCAACCAGGAAAUCAUUAUGAUUGGACCACAGCAUAUGGCAAAGCAAAUCUUCUCUUCAAAUGGUCAGAUAUUGGAGCAUGUCAAACCUGCAGCAAAGAACCCAGUUAAAGUGCCACUGGCUUGGUGGUCUUCACGAGCACCUCAUAUUGUAAGAUUGGGCCUUGGCUGGAUGGUUUGGGUUUGAUUCAUUCCCAUGUGCCGCUCUCCAUCCUCUGUCCCCUGCUUCCUUGCUUCUGUUUCUCUCAAGGCAAAAAUCCCCAAAACAUAAUUAAAAAUAAUAGUAAUUCUGGCACCUGGUUUGACAAUAGUUUGACAUUAAGGAUGCAACAAAGCUAGUACAAUCAUAUUUUUAUCACCUCUGAAAUGUUUCUAAAAUUUGGUCAAUUUUUACUCCUAAAGACACAAUUUUACAUAUAUAUAUAUAUAUAUAUAUAUAUAUAUAUAUAUAUAUAUGUAUAUUUUAAUCCAAUAAUGCCUUGAUGAUUGUAACAGCCUUAUAACCUGCAUGAACCUAAAAUUAAUAAAACCUAAAACUUGUCAUCUACUAGAAGUAUUAUGCUUCCCAGUAAUAGCGUAGUUUGAUCAUGCAGGAAAUAAAGCCACUUAAACUCAAGACAAACAAGUUUUUAAAAUAAAAAUAAUUUUGACACAGUGUCCUCUAUAAACAAGUUUCACUCACAGGCUGAUGGUGUGGAUGACUCACUAAUUUGAGCAGUUUAAAAAUGAUGAUUUGUAAGCUGAGUUGAUUCAUGAGUUUAUGAAGUAGUAUUUUGUUUCGCCGUUGUCUUCACUGGUUGUUGUUAACUCUUUAAGGGGGGGGUUCAGACCCUAUAUUUCCCCUCUGCUUUGUCUUUAGCAAACAACAUCAAACAAAGCCUCCUGUUUCUCAAUCCGGUGUAUUAAAAUAUCAUUAUUUCAGCCUUCAUCUGAAACGCUUUGUGUAAGCUGCUGUCUCUUUAAGCCCCCCCCCUCUGCAAGCCUACUUUCUUCUGAUUGGCCACCUCUGUGGAGGCUGGCUGAGGGCAGAGCUUGAUGUUCUGGCUCUGCCCCCUUCCUUGGGGUCAAUAAUUAGAGCAGUAGAACAGUGGAGCAGUAUUUCCCUGCCCCACUUUGUGUGUCACCUCACACACUGUUGGAGGCAGGCAGUUCUGCUUUGCCUGAAGCUCAGAUGAACCAGUAAGGAGAGGCUGUAAGACCUACGUUAGCAUUGUAGUGUCUCACAUUUUCUUGCAAGUUGGGUUUUAGCAGUCUACAUAUUAUCUAAGAUUAUGACAAAAUUUGUUUACCCGAUGGUUUUAAACUUUGCAUACAAACUUUGUAACUAUGAAGUUUUGUUGUAAAUGUGGAGAAGCAUCAUACUGCCCCUUUUAAGUUUCCCAUAAAAAUCACAGUUAUAUCAUCAUUGUAAUAUUUUACGACCAAGGUAAUUUAGAGGUAGGAAAUCUGAUGUCAUGGCAGCUGUAGUUUAGAGAAAAUUAAACUGGCCAUUAUGCAUAUCUGGUUAUAUUUCAAUCAUGAUUCAUAUGGCCUUCCUUCCUUAUCAAUGCUUUUUUUAAAAUCCUGCAUGAGUUUUAUGUAUUUUGGGAUGUAUUUACUCCAUGAUCAGAUGUUGCUUACAUGGAAAUGCACCAUUUUACUCCAUUUACCUUUAGACAUUGAUGUGAACAGACCAUUGCUAAAUAUAUGUCAGCAAAAGAUAAUAAGGGCUUAGUUUUAGGGUUGAAAACAUUUGCAAGAGUCACAACUUCAGUGCAAAAGCAAAAAAACAAAUCACAGUUGGAUUAUUCACUUCAACUUUUUGGCUUUUCAGAGUCUACAUAAAAAAAUCCUAAUAAAUCUCAACUGCGUUCAAACUACCACAAAAAUGGCUAGAAAGAAGCAACUAAGUAAAGAAACAAAAGUACAGAUUUGUACAUUGUGGAAAUUAUCCAUUUGUGGAUAAUUUUGGCUGUGAUGAUGCAAAUGGCAUAAAAGUGUGUCAAAGUGUGUAAUUUUAGGUGCAAUUAAAUUUUUUUCUUUUCUUCCUUUGAUCUUUUUUUUCAUGUGAGCAAUUUUUAUUACUACAGUAGACACCCCUAAGGACCAAAACGGUCCCAUUGACUCCCAUUAAAACAUGUUUUCUUCAAUACACUGCCAAUGCAGUAAAAUUUUUGGAUAUUUUUUUUUCUCAUGUACACCUAUUCCUUGAGAGUCAAACUGGGUUUUUUUAUGCAGACAGCAGAUGGUGCCAUUUUUCUUUUUCCUGCAAUACCCUUUAGAACCAGAGGGGCACUGUUUUCCCUUUUUCACAGAGCUGGUGUAUUUCAUGCAUAUAGAUAGACAGAUUGAUAAAUAAAUACUUUAUUGCUCCCAAACUGGAAAAUUCUCACGUUACAGCAGCGAAAAAAUACAAGAUAAAAUUAAAUAUAAGAAGAAGUAUGUACAAUGCAGAUUACAAAUACUAAAUAUAUACAAAAAAUACAGGCUAAAUAUACUAAACAUCUUUAGAGAGAAAAUAAAUUCAAUAAAAACUGUUUAGGUGUGUUUUAGGGACAUCAUGGUUUAUGUGCAUGUGUUUUCAUGAAUUACUUGUGUGUGUGUGUGUGUGUGUGUGUGUGUGUGUGUGUGUGUGUGUGUGUGUGUAUGUGCAUAUGCAGCCGUGAGAAUAGCCAAAAUCCUUCCAGAAACAGCGGCAGUUGUACAAUCUGCACCUGCAGUUUCCUUCUGUGUGUGUGUGUGUAUAUAUGUGUGUGUGUCUGAUUGUAUGUGCAAGUGUGUGUGUGUGUGUGUGUGUGUGUGUGUUUGUGGGUGUGUGUGUGGGUGUGUGCGCGCGUGUGUGUGAGCGAGCGCAAGAGGUUUAUAGUGGGCACCUGAUCGAUGUGCGUGCGUAGACGCAAGGAAGCGAUGGAAGGUGUGUGUGUGUGUGUGUGUGUGUGUGUGUGUGCGUGUGUGCGUGUGUGUGAGAUUGUGUUUGCGUGUGUGAGCGCACGCACGAGGUUCAUAGCGGGCACCUGAAGAGGGAGAGCUUCAUCGAUGUGCGUGCGUAAAAGCAAAGGAUGGAUGGAUGGAUGGAUGGAUGGUGUGUGUGUGUGUGUAUUAUUCAACACAACAGAAAAAAUACAAAUCCUUUCAAAUCAAUUUUCUCAUCAAUGUUUACCAAUCUCAUGCUCUAAUAAUCAAAAGUUCAAAAAAAAAUGCAUUUAUAGGAUGGAAAAUAAUUCACCAAGUGUGUUUUUUGACUUUAAAUAAUAUCCCGUUUUUUACAAAAAAGGGUUAAAAUACAAAACCUGAAUAAAGUUUUGCUAUUUAUGAUUAGGUUAUAAGUCAAUGAUGGCAGCCAAAAAAAAAAAAAUUAAAUAUAUUUAUUUAGACCAUAUUUCUACUGCAGCAAAGUGGAGGGGACUGUUUUGGUUCCUUAGGGGUGUUAAUUGAAGUUUUUCUUAGGGAUGCACAAGGGCUAGAAACAAGUUUGCACUGUUUGGUUCAAAUCGCAGAGUCUAUGUCCGCAGACAAACUGGUGAACGUCUGAAAGCACCAUGUGUUACACCCACAAUUCAGCAUGGAGGUGGUAGUUCCAUGGUAUGGGGAUGUUUUGCAGGUGAUAGAGUAGAAGAUUUGUUUGACAUAAAGGGUAUCAUGAAGAAGGAACAGUACCACUCCAUCCUCCAGCACCAUGCUGUUCCAUCUGGACUAAGACUUGUGGCUCAUAAGUUUGUUUUGCAGCAAGAAAAUGACCCUAAGCACUCUGCCAACCUCUGUCAGGGUUACCUAGACAAAAAAAGAAGAGAAAGGUGUUCUUCAAAAGAUAGUUUGGCCCCCUCAGUCUCCAGACGUUUUUCCAAUUGAGCUUGUGCAGGAUGAAUUGGAUCAAUCGGUCAGAAAAAUGCGUCCCACAAAUCAGUAGUCUCUUUUUAAUGAACUUAAGAAAGCUUGGAAUGCAAUCCCUGGAACAUACCUUAAACCUUGUAAAGACUUAACGUGGAUAUCAUGAGGCUGCACUCCCAGUACUCCCACUGCAGCCGAGUCAGCGCUGUGAGCUCUUCCAUCUUGUUGGGGAGAGACCUCACGUUUCCCAUAAUGAUUGAACGGUACAGUUGGCUUAAAAUGUCUCCGCUUCGCCCGAUGCUGAACUCUGGCUCUGCAUCCUCUCCUCCUGCGGAGAUUAGCAGGGAUGUCCGGUCUCUCCCACGAAGGUGGCUGGGCUUGGCGCAACGCCAACAGCUGUUCAUGGCUGUAAACAAUAGAGCCGCUGAACGGGUCGCCAGACGCAGAGUUAAAAAUGCCAAGAAGUAAAGGAAAAAAAAGUGCCAGAGUCAUGAAAUGUAUGGAAGCGAUUGUGAGUCAUCUCAAAUUCAGAAGCAUUAGCAGAAAUGCUUUUUUAAAUAAAAAGCAGAAAUGCUUUUUUUAAAUAAAAGCAAAAUCACAUUUAACAUUUAAUUUUCAAAACAUUCACCAGCAAAAAGGUAAUUUCAUUUUAUUUAUAUAGCACGAUUUAAACAAACACAAGGUUUCCAAAGUGCUGCACAGCAAGAUAAAAAUACAGUAAGUAACAGAACAGAAGCACAAUAAAACAAUGAAGAUAAAAUAAAAUUAGAUAAAAACACAGUACAAUUAAAUAAAAAGCAAAUAAAAUCCAUAAAAGACAAUAAAAAUGAAAUCAACCUUCUACUGAGUGUUAAAAGCCAAUGAGAAGAGGUGGGUCUUGAGAUAGGAUUUAAAGAGGGGAGAGAGAGGAGGCCUGUCCGAUAUGCUGGGGCAGGUUAUUCCAGAGUUUAGGAGCUGCAACAGCAAAGGCAUGAUCCCCUCUGAGCUUCUGCUUUGUUUAAGGCUCUCUCAGGUCAGCUGAUCAGCUGACCUGAGAGACCGGGACGGAGUGUAAAAAUGUUGAAGCUCAGAGAGGUACAGCGGGGCAAGACCGUUCUCCUGAAAUGUCAAAUACAAAAAUUCAAAAGCAUUAGCAGAAAUGCUUUUUCAUUUCAAAGUCAUGGCUGCACUAUUUCACUCAAAAAUAAAAAUAAAAAGCAAUAUUCCAAAAUGCAUAUUCAUUUUCUUCUUCGACUGCACAUUCUGUGACUAAAUUAAAAGAAAAAACAAACUCAGAAAUGCUUUUUCGUUUUCAAGCUCGCCCCGCAAAAAGUGUCUCAUAAUUCAAUCUGAGUUCGCAAUCUCAAGUGACGCCGGAAAGUAACGUCACGGACCCCACUCGUUCUGGCCUCUUCUGGCCGAUAGGGGGCAGUGAAUCCGUGUUUCAUUGAAUAAAUUCAAACCGCAGAUGGUGGCUAUCUGUUUCAGCGGACUAACAGACUUAAUACUCCUCAUUGUUCUCAUCGCUGAUCGAUGGAUUUGGGAUAUUUUGCAAAUAAAGGGCCAUAAACACAGUGACCAAAAUGGUCAUAGAGAUGCCUUAAAAAUACAUGGCACGGAGGCAGAAUCACUGCAGUCUCUGUCCGUGUUAACCUGUCACUGUAUGCAGAUGUCAGCGGUGUGUCAGUGUGCUGGUCCUUUUACUCACUCACUUACGGCAUGGAGACGUGGACUCAACACUGCUAAUUAAAAAGAAAGACAAAUACUGUGCAAAAAACAACAAAAAGGCUUGCUGCCACUCUCAGGGCGCUCAGUCACCUACUGAUAAGUUACUCUUUACACAAUAGUCAAGUUUAUUGUGUUGCAAAUUUUAUAUAUGAAACUAUGAUUUUUUUUGUACAAAUCUGAUCUUGCUUCCAAACUUUUGGCCUGUAGUGUACCUCAGCAUUGCUUUAAUGACUGAAUUUUCACCAGGGGAUAAAAAAAUAUUCUGAUUUUCUUUUUACCAUCAGUGCUUGUUGACCCCUGUAGUGGCUCCUUAGCUUUUGUUGCAUAUAUUACUGAACUAAACUUUUUCUUAUCCAGACAUGUUCAGUAUUUUUUUUUUUCUUUGUCAAUGCAAAGCAUCUCUGCAGUAGGGUGUAGUCAGUCAGUUGGUCAGCCAGUCAGUCGCUCUCUAUUUUAUUCCAAUCUUUAGUGUGAGAUCAUCCUGGAUCCCCCGAGGGUUAAUGCUGCCUCCUCUGGCAGGCAUGAUAAACUCAGCAGUGAAUCAGUGUCAGUAUUUUUAUUUUCUGUAGCAUGUGCAUGUUUUGAUAUUAGAGAGGAACAUCUGAAAAAGUUCCCUCUAAGUGCCAAGCAGCUGAACCUGUGAGGAUAUAUAUGACUGAAAAUAAAAAUAAAAAAUCCUGUAGUCUGGGCUCAGGCUGAGAAAAACUAGUUUUCUGGUACUAGUGCUUGCUCUGACACACACAAACACGCACACACACACACACACACACACACACACACACACACACACACACACACACACACACACACACACACACACACCUGUCUCUUCCCCUAGUCUGUCUCCUCCUGCCUCUCUCUCUCUCUCUCUCUGACACAGCAGAAUGGAUGUCCCCUUCAUUUGCUGUGGCAUAAUGUUCAGAUGAAAAAUGAAGUGAUCCCUCCAGACAGAUUAGUCAUCAGUGAGGGGACCUCUGCAGAAAAAGAGGGCGUAGGUGUGUGUGUGUAUGUGUGUGUGUGUGUGUGUGUGUGUGUGUGUGUGUGUGUGUGUGUGUGUGUGUGUGUGUGAGUGUUUGUGUGUUUGAAACAGAUAAAUUGCAGUCCUGGAGGCUUUCUACUUGAGCGUGUAAUAUUUCAGCAUAUAUUAUUGCAGGGCUCAAUCUGUUCGUAUUAAGAGCUUUAAUCCAUUGUUCUGUUUUACUAACUAAUGCUGAGCGGGAACUUUGACCAGCUUUAAAGAGGGGGUGGUAUGCAUUUUUUGACUACAUUUCCCCUCUGAUUCCUCUUUAAUAGCUUCAAGGGAUUUUUACCCCAAAAAGUCUCAGAUUUCUCACAGUGGUGUAUCAAAAUAUCAUUAUUUCAGCCUCCUUCUGAAACGUUUCAUUUUAGAUGCCGUCUCUUUAAGGCCCCACCCUCACAAGCCCACUUUCUCCUGAUUGGCCACCUCUUUGAAGGCUUUCUGGAGGCUGGUUGAGGGCAGGGCUCGAUGCUUUGGCCCUGCCCCCUCUUUUUUGGACUGAUCAGCGAAACAGCAGCGUUGCCGUGCUCUGCUGUGGGUGUCACCUCGCACACUGUUGGAGGCAGACCGUUCUGCUUUGCCUGAAGCUCAGAUAAACCAGUAAGGCGAGACUAUAACACUGACGUGGGCAUUUUAGUAAGUCUCACGUUUUCUCGCAAGGUCCCAUUUUUAGCAGUUUACAUCUACUUUCUCAGAUUAUGACAGCAUAAAUAUUGAAUUUUCCUUCAGAGAUAAAUAAAGUUCUUCUUGAAUUUUCCUUUGGGGAUGAAUCAUGUUCUUCUUUUCUUAUCUUAACUUAUAUGUUUACCUUGUGUAUGACAGCAUGAUACCACCUAUUUAAACAUUUUAAUUCAUCAACUUAAAAAAGGUGCUUUCCCAAACAAAUGCUUCUGUAGAGCUUUAAAGUCUGGUGGGUACAAAACCUAUGCAAGUAAGCGUUUUUAUUGGUCAGCAUCCUUUGAACAAAAACACCCGUCAUUAAUUGUUUUUGUCACUGCAUACACAACCAUCUGCAGAAGCACUUAGCUGAAAUUAGUCCAACUUUUUGAACACUACCACACCCAAUAAUGUCCCAUUUUUUGUUUUUCAUCUAUAACCAAUCAGAUUAAAAAUGGGCUGAACUUCUCAUAUCAGCUUUGCCAGCAACACUGGUGGAGCAAGAGCAGAGCACCUGAUUUCCGUCUCUAUAUUUUUAUCUGUAGUUUUAUAGUUUCUUUGUAAAUUUCCAUUGACAGAAGGCAAUUAUGAGGCAAACAGUGCAAUUCAAAACAGACUUGAUGGUCACUGCUGAGGGAAGGGAAAGUGCCUUUGGACAAUGAACAAGAGCCAGCAAUAGUAAGCGCCAGUUAUGAGCAUUCAGACAUCAAGAUCCUGGGCACAGCCACUACAAAAAUGUCAUUAAUGGACAUGGACCCUAAAUUAAGCAGGACUUAAAAUCAUAAACAAAGGCAGAGAAUGAGAAAUAAGAAAUUUUUAGAAGAUUUUGGAUUAAUUUCUUUGAAAGUAGUUUGUGAUUUUGGUGAUGAAUAGGACAUGUAUCUUGGUUUAAUAAGAGAGGAUGUCACUAAAAAUGGCAAAACUCUGUGUUCAUCAAAGUGGUCUUUUAUGGUAGUUGCCAUCAAACGGCAACCUCUGGUCUUGAGAGAUUAAAACAAUGGAUGCUGAAGUACAAAAAUAUACAGUUCCCCAAGCAGCCAAGAAGCUGGCUGCAGAAGCACCAGAAACCAAGUACACACUAAGCCAAAAAAAAAGAUGUUUUUAGAGCAAAAAUAAACAUGUUUACAUCGUGGGUCAAAAGACCGUUUUAGUCUGAAUAACUAAGGGCACCCACAGCACCCACUCUACGGGGAGUGUAUUUUUUGUUAUGUAUUCAUUUCAAGGUUAUGAAGGUAAAUAAGCCUCUGAUAGUUUGACUGAAUGUUAGGUUGAGUCAGCGUUACCAAUAUGGGGACUUCCAUAAAGCUUCAAAACUCUGCUUCAUAAAAAAAUAGGUGAUGUCACCAAUGCUAUGUCCAGCAUUUAUACAGUCUAUGGUUUUCACAUAAAAUGCAAGAUGGACAAAUAAAUAGCAGGCUACUAGCAAGCUGGCUGAAGCAGCCCUCUGAGUGAUGAUUGGGUACUUUUAUAGCUUAUGCUCAAGAUUUAUUGUGAUUCAGAAACAAUGUUAGAAAGUGUGCCACUUCAGGUUAAUGAACAUUUCCACUUUUUGACUGUUCUUUGAAUGAUUUUCAUUCAGUUUUGUAAUGCACAAUUUGUCGGAAGAAGUGUACAGGAGAUAAAGCAACUGAAACAAACAAAUAUGAGAAACAAUUAUUUAAUCAGGCAAUGUUCUCUCAAAGGAAGUUUCAGAGACAGGGCUGAUGAAAUCUUAGAUCUGAAUAUUGUGUGAAAUGGAUGAUAACAUGUAAGAUGAUUGCACUUUUUAGUUAAGUUUAUGAAGUGUUAGCAUGCUGCUCAUUCCUCAGUUCGACUGCUUGGGUUCUUUUAUUUUACAGUUGUCAAAAUAAUUAUAUUAUUAUGAUGUUUGUAGCCACAAUAAGGCCAUAAAGAGGUUAAAGUCUGAUACCAUGACAGCCUCUCUUCACCUAUAGAGAUGUUGUAGUGAAUCCUUUCCAUAGGCCACACAAUUUAAAACAACAUGAGCAAGCUGUUGCACAGGCUUUUAAGAGCACGGUGUUGGGUUAGAGUUUUUGAGUCAAGCACAAACUUACAACAUGUGGAAGUUUUCUUGAGAAAUUGCUAAUUUCUUUUCUGCUGUCAGUGCAGAUGCAGCGUUUUUGAAAGUAAACAUGACUGUGUCUUCUUCUCUAACAUGAGAGAAAGUGAAGUCAGUAAUUGGAGGGGAAAUAUGCUCACAGUUUUCACACCUCUUUCUCCCCCAUCAUUGCCUUACUAAACACUUGAAUGUAAAAACAAACUGAGUCCUGACAGCUUGUGCAGCACAAUCCACCUUAACUAAAGCAAAAGAACAGAAUCAAGGCUCUGAUUUUAUCCAGGAAUUUCUCAUUGUCUCUUUUGUUGCAGUGUGUUCACACUUGCUAUGCCAUCAUUCACACUCCACUUCACCAUCCAUCUGUCGCUGCUCUCUUAAGUGUCUACAGAAUAAGUGGCUUUAUUACAUUACUUUUAGCUCACUUUCAUCAAGUUAGGAAAAGGUGCCUGCCAAAUUCUUUUGCCUGACCUUUUGCUGAAUCGAAUUUAAGUUGAUGUUAUUGAAUUUAUUCAGGCAGAUUAUGCUUAUGAGGGACUGUGAGCAGAGAAUGAGGCAGGCUCAGUGAACAGCUGCACAGAGUGUGGAAGGUCAAAGGUCAAGCUGUGGCAGCAGUAGGGAGAAAAUGAGCUGUAACCCUGCUGGAGAAGCUGGAUAGAUGUCUUUUUUCACACUUUGUAAAUGCAGACUAGCACUGGAGAUACACAGAAGAGAAGAAAACACAUGCUGAUAGUCCAUUACUGUUUGACUCCAGUGUUACUCUGAGGAUGCCUGUGUGCUCAGCUGGCAGAGCUGAACAGAAUAAAAUGACUCUUCUGGAUCAAACAUGUGUCAGGUAGAGUUCUACAGGUGUGAUGGGAGUGAUGCUGCUCCAAAGUGUUUGAUUCUGUGUAGGAGUGAAAACUGACAAACUGAGGUCAUGCAAAGUGUGUGGGGGCAUAAAACUGUACUGGCUCUAAACAAAACAGCAUUUAGGGAAGACUAGGAAUGAAUUAUGAUCUAAAUGAGAGUCUUUUUGGCCUGUACAAGAUUGUCCUCAAAGAACAUGCAGAGUUUACUGUGCUAACUGAGCAAUUUGUUGUUGCUCUCUUCCCAUGUCUCUUUGUCCAGUCAAGAUAACCAUUUUGAACUACCAGAGCCCCACUACUGGACUCUUCCCGGUCAAAACAUGUUCCACCUGCAAGGAAGCUAAGAUCCGGGACUCCCUGUACUGUGCUGCUGCUGCCUGGGCUCUGUCAAUGGCAUACCGGUCAGUACAUGAAUCAAUACACACAUGCAUGCAUGCACUCUCUAAGAUAAUCCAUUUAGGGGGAAUUUCAUUAGUGCAGAAUUGAAAGGGUGUUACAUUUUAAUAGGAAUUGUUGAUAACCUAAUUCGUAAUAGUCAUUGCAGGCAGAUGUGAACUUUGACUCACUGCCUGGUCUUAAGUUGAGUAAGGAAGCAUACAAAUCAAUCAAUCAAUCAGUCCCUAUUUAUAUAGCACUUUUUAUACACAACAUGUAGCACAAAGGAAUAAAAGAAACAAAGAAUACCCAAAUCUACCCCGGCCCAACCCCUCAUUCCCACCCCAAGAUCUAAUUGCAACAGAGACAGUAUUAUAAACUUAAAAAGGGCUUGAUUUCGUGGUAACAAUGCGCACUGAGGAAACGUCAUUUGAAAACUCAAGAUAAGGAAACACUGGAGGUUUAGGUUAAAAUCUAAAAACAAAGAAACAUAGAAUGAAAUUGAAGAAAUAAUAAAUAAAAUGAAAUAAAAACAACAGUAAAUGAUACUAAAUUAAAAGCACCAAAAUAGCUCAAUAAAAGACGAUCCUGUGACUAAAACGACAAGAGAAAAACACUUUAAACAAAGUUAAUGAUAUAAUAUACUAAAUAUAAUAGACUAAAAAGGUAUGUUUUCAGUUUGCUUUUAAAAUCAUUAAGAUUAGGUGUAGUCCUCAGGUCUUCAGGUAAGCUGUUCCAUAGACGGGGGCCAUAGUAAUAAAAAGAUGCCUCACCAUAUGUUUUAGUUUUAACUUAAGGUAAUGUUAACAGAGAACUUCCUGAAGACCUGAGGGCUCGACCUGGCUCAUAAGGUAAAAGAAGAUCAGAUAGAUAAGAAGGGCCAAAGCCAUUAAGAACUUGAAAAACCAAUAAAGCAACCUUAAAAUCUAUUCUAAAAGAGAGACGGACACAAAGACAGAUAUUUUAGUAUUUAGCAUUAAUGUUAAUCUCAGGUUCUGUGUGUACUAAGCAACUACUAAGUGUGUAUUAAGCAACUUUUAUUUGACUGUGCUUGGCAAAACUGUCUUGGCAUUUCUUGGCAUUGUCUUUUGACAAUAAGCUUUAUGUGACUCUGAAUGAUAACUCUUUGGUAGGGCUGUCAGUUUUUCAAAGAAUCCUCAGGCAAGGGGUCAGCUGUAAAAAGAGGCAGUCAUAAAGAGUUGAACUGCGCACUGUUGGGGCCUCUUCCACUGCCAUGCAAACCAUGCCAUGGGUGGCAAACCAUCAGGCAAGCUUGCACAUUUGUCAUUGUUGAUGAGUAAGACAACAGCUCUGUAAAAAGGUUGCAUACAGCCCUGUCCUUGUCUUUUAUUUUACAUCUGCAGAGUAAAACCCCAAAUAAUUCCACACUGUGUUUGUUUUGGUGUCAGAAUAGCAUAACUUUAUUAGUUUACUGAAGUCAAGAGUGCAUGGAUUGGCCAGGUUAUGAUACAUACAAUAAUACAAUACAAGAACCUGAUUUACCCACAAAAGGAAUUAGUUUGUGUGCAGUCUCAAAUCAUCUACUAUUUACAGAAGAAUUACAAAGUCUGAUGGUUGUGGGUACAAAAGAUCUUCUGAAUCUUUCUGUCUUGCACUGAAGUGAGAAGAGCUGUCCACUACAAUUGGUCCUUUGGUCCAUCAAGGUGUUGUGAAGUGGGUGAUCCAUGUUCUUUAGAAUAGUCUCCACCUUCCUCAGUGUAGAUCUCUCCACCACAUCCUCCGUUUAGUCCAACUUGAUUCCAACCACAGAGCCAGCGUGUUGAGUCUGUAUCCAAGCAACAGUGUCAUGGAGAACAUCACACAGAACUUUAGCGGUUUCCUUGGGUGGGAUGUACACAACUACUGUUUUGAUAUGACUAAAUUCUCUUGGAAAAUAAUAUGGCCGAAGAGCAACUGCCAACUAUUCAAUAUCUGGACAAAACAACUUCUCCUUGACAGUCCCGGUUGUUUUGAUUCAACAAGGUUUCAGUAAAACACAGAAGACUGCACUCACGGCACUCCCCCUCCAGCCUUCAAUAUCUCCAGCUCGUUGCUUUGUUGGACAGAGAGUUGACAUUUCCCAUGACAACCAAUGGAAGAAAGGGGAACAACAGUUUUUCACAUGCAGGACCUGAUUCAAAAGAGAAAAUAACCAAACUGGAACUCCUGAAAAGUGUUACUGUUGUUGUUGCAUUCACUAAGGGUCACUGGAUGUGAUAUAGCAAUCGGAAUUACACAUGGAGCCCUUUCAGUGAUUUAAAAUAGACUUUUUAUCACUUUUUAUCAAUUUAUCAUGUAUUCAUAUUCUGGAUGGUCAGGAUAGUAAUCAGCUUAUAUGUACAGUAUGUAAAGCAACUGCAAUAAUGAACAGUCUCUGUAUGGAGAUGAUUGACAGUGAUGUGCCGACAUUAGUAUUACACUGCCAUGAACUAAUAUUGAAUCGCUAAUUUAUCUCGGGGCCACGUUUUUUUUUCCCUCAGAUGUCACAAGAGGGCCUUCACACUGCACAUCAUGUUGACACUGAUUGGACAUUAUGUACAUGCACCCCUGCAUUUUGCUUAAAGUGUAACAGUGUUAUCCAUAAAAUGAAAGCUGAGUCCAUAUAUUUUUUUUCAUCAGAAUGGAGCUUUCUUUUUCCUCACUGCACGGCAUGGUGUAUACAUUUCUGAGUAAGGAUCAUAAAGUACAUUUCAUUGCAUUUGUUUGCAUCCUAAAUUAAGGCACUGAUAAGAUGUAUUGACAUUUCAGUAUGGACUUAAAAGUGGUUUGAAAUGCAGAAUAAUGGAAUUUUAAACAUGCAGAAAGAUGUAAUCAAUUAUGAUUGUCUAUUAAAAUUCUGUGAGGAAUUACAAAAAAAAAAAAAAAGCAUCUUUACUUGCAAAAGUUUGCAGGUGCUGUUCCAGCCUAUGGCCUGUAUAUUUGUCCUUCAUCUUGACUUUUUGUUAUGUUCCUCUUGUUUCACGCUUGCUGCCCCUGAUCUCUAAUCGGCCUCUGUCAGUUGAAGGCUUUGCUUUUUAAACUCAGCGGCAUUAUUGGUUCAAGGAAAACACUUUAGAGUUUCUCUGAGAAACGUUUAAAGGCCCCAAACUCCUUUAUCAGCCAUCCCUGCACUUGAUGCCUGCAUUCCUCUGUGAUUAGUUUCUAGGGAGAAGAGCACUUCCACAAAAUGGGUCUGUAAUAGGACAGAGAGAGAGGAGAAAAGACGGAGAGAGCAAUGAGAAUGGAGAAAAAUUGCAGACAGAGAGAAAAAAGGGAGAAUAAAGAAAGGGAGAUACUAGAGGAGUAGAAUCAGGUGGGCAGAGAGAGAGAUGAAGCGUGAGGAAGAAUAACCGACAGGAAGACAAAAGAAGAAGAUAGAGAGGGAGAGAGUCAGAGUGGAGGACUAAGAUUCAGGGGGAAGAUGGAGGGAUAAAGGAGGGUAAAAAUAGAGAGCAUUGCAGGGAUGUGACCAGCGGCAGAUCCCUGUCAUCAGUCAUGGCUGCCUCCUAUUAGAAUUGUCACCAGGAUUUAAUUAAGAUAAUUCUCAUCUGACAGGCUUGGGUACUGCCAUUACUUACCUCAUACACCCUCCUGCCCCUGCUUCUGCUGCUACUCUGAGUGAGAGAGAGGGUGUGCAUGAAAGAAAGUCAAUGAUAGCACUUUGAUUUGCCACUCAGUCCUCUUUCGAGUGGCCCUGAUAAGUUUUACUCACCACUUCACACAGUGAGACUUUUUUCUUUUCUUUGUUUGGGAGCUGCUUAUUGUCAAUGUCCUAAUCGUUUACACAGCUGAAAGAAACCCCAUGUUCAGCUAACGUCAAACUCUAAAGCUUCAGACCAACCUGGUUAGUAGUUUGUUUGUUUGUUUGUUUGUUUGUUUGUUUGUCGCCAUCUUUGGUAGCAGCCAUUACUGCAGUGGAAUCUCAGUGUAUGCUGCUGGCCAGAGACUGUGACAGCAGUUUGGGAUAAAGAACGUACCUUAAUCAGAGAAUGUUAGCAUCAUCAAGAGUUAUUAUUGUAGACAGUGGUUACAGCAACAGCAUGAUUACAUGCAGAGGAAGGGUGGAAAAGAGUGACCACAUGCACAUACGCACACACUCACCUCUCCCUCACCCGACGCCUUCGACGCUCCACCCCUCAGUGUGGUGGGCGGUACCCUGACUGGCGGCGCUCACCAUGGGCAGCGGCUGCGGGCUUCCCACCAUCACUGAUGACCCAUUCCACUACCCCCCUCUCCCUCAACAACCAUAGCAUGUCUCUGAAUCUCUGUGUAUGUGGUGUCAGUAAUGUGCUGAUGUUGCUGAGGGUUUUUGUGUCACUACACUCGUAUUAAUGAGAGCAGUCUCUUUUUUUUACCUCCUCCUCUCUCUCCCUCUUGUGUAUUCUUUCCCCACCUGUAAAUGCAAUUUCGUUGUGCACAAGUGCAAUGGCAAUAAAGUAUCUCCAUCUCCACGCCUGACACAGAUUGGAGACAAAAUGAUAUCUAAUGUGACAUUAGUUUACCACCCCAGCUCCUUCAACAACAUUCAUCUCUCCUCUGUUCAUCUCCCUCUUUCUCCAUUUCCCUCUAUCAGUCUCUCCUCUGUCCAUCUCUCUUUUUCUCCAUCUCCUUUUCCCUUCUCUCUCCUCUCUAAAUCCAGCUCAGUCUCAGCAGAUGACUGUCUAUUCAGUCUGGUUCUGCUCGAGGUUUCUGCCUGUUAAAGGAAGUUCUUCCUCUCCUCAGUAAUUUGAUAAAUGCUGUUAAGUGUUUCACUCAUGUGGUUGAAGAUGGGAUGGGAGUGGGUCUGAUCUUACAGGAUGUUACUCAGUCUUGUCGUGUCUUUACAUGGGGUUUUGUGCCAGCAUGUGCCAGCAUGUGCCACCCUCAGCAAAGGGUGGCACAUGCUACAUGCUACAAGAUAUCCAAGCCCGAUUCCCCCUUCCAACAAAAGUCACAUACCCAGUUAUCAGCUGGUUAUAAAGGUUUUCUUUACAGAUUAGUCUGACUACAGACUCCAAACUAAUGAUUUAAUAAUUAAUAAGAUUUAGUACAAAAGGUUUUAUAAAAUUUAUGAUUAAGACUCAACAAAGAGUAACUCAAGCCAGUAAGGUUGCUUAAUUCCUUAUAACAGCUUAGAUCCAGGUCGAGGUCUGACUUCAACGGCACAUGUGCUUACGUAGGUCCACUGUGUCUGCAGCCAGGUCCUUGGUUUCUUGUGUGUUUGUAACGACCAAGCAUGUGACCGCCUUUAGUAAAUCAGCACUAUUUAUCUUUCGAGAAAGGAUGUAGUCACUUUCUGCAAAAGCCUAUUACUGUUUGUCUGUUGCCUGUCACACUUCUCAUGAAAAGUUGUUCCCUUUAAAAGUGACAACUCAGUCAUUUUUUUGUGCAAUACAUUUUUUAGGUGCUUGCCUGGAUUUGAUUUUUUUUUUUUUUUUUUUUGCUUAUCUGCUUUUUGAUAUUUGGGUUUUAAAGAUCACUGUUUUCGUUAUUAUUCCCCAGAGGAAAUUUGUUUUCCAGCCAUUAGUAACACACAAUCAUCACACUAACAAAAGAAGGGAAAAUAAAGAAAAAUCAGACACAGAAUAGCCAACUUUGUUGAUUAUAGAAGGCAAUCGCAACUUCAAAAACAUACAUAAAUGUCAUAUUGAGCCGUUAUAAGAGCUAGCGUCAGUUGGGACAAGAUUUUUUUAGUCUGUUUGUCCUACAGUACCUGCAAGAAGAUGUAUGCAGACAAAAUGAAGCAACAAGAGCUCUUUAAACUGCAGGUGAUUUGAAUCAUUUAAGAGUCAUUUAUAGCCUUUUUGAGAGUUCUGCCUUUUAAACACCUCGCUCAGAUCAGGUGCAGCACAAUCCACCUCCUCCUAGAGCCCAACUAUAGCAAACCAACUGACCUCAAUAACUGUCUUCAAGACAUAAAAUCAUCGAGUAAUAUUAUUAGCAUCACAGCAUUUGACAGACAGUAUUUCUCCUCACCUUGGCUCAUUGGCCCCCUCCAUAAAUCAUGCUAAAAAACCUUGGAGUCAUAGUCCAGUCAGGAUAAGGGUGUGACAAGCAAAUGAAUCAAGUAGUAAAAGUAGAAUUCAUGCAGCUGCAGAUCACUUCUAAUAAUUGUGACCUGGAAAAAGUCUUUCAUGCAGUUAUAUCAUCCCAUCUCAGUUAUUGCAACACUUGAUUCUUUGGUACCCAGUCCUGUUUAUUGCAUCCUCCAAUAAUGCAGACAUUCUGGCAAGGUCAAUAAUAAUAAUAAUAAUAAUAAUGCAUCAGAUUUCAUAUAGCGCUUUAUCAGAGACCCUCAAAGCGCUUUACAUUGGAUACAUCAUUCAUUCGCUCACACAGUCACACCUUGGUGGUGGUAAACUUCCUUAGUAGUCACAGCUGCCCUGUGGCAGACUGACAGAAACGUGGCUGCCAUUUUGCGCCUACGGCCUCUCCGACCACCACCACACAGCAUUCACAAUCAUACAUCAGUGGAGGACACACACUGGGAGCAAGGUGGGUUAAGUGUCUUGCCCAAGGACACAACGGACAGACUUGGGAUAGGGGGUAAUCGAAGCGCCAACCUUCCAGUUAUUGGACGACCGCUCUACCUCUUGAGCUACUGCCGCUCAAAAAGAGGGACUACAUUACUCUGACUCUUUGCUCACUAAAUGAGCUCCCCCCUUCUUUUUCCACAGAGCCCCUGUCCCCAUAUCAGACUGUCAGAGAUCAUCUGACUACAACUUUGUCUUUCCAGAGAUGGAGGACUUAGUGUCAUGGGUACAGGCCCUAUGGGUAUUACACUCACUAUUAAAAACCAACAGACUAUCCCUUUAAAAGGAUGAGCAUCCCCAGUUUCAAGUAGCAAGUUGCUUUUGUGAUGGUGUCUGGUAGUUGUCUUAGUGCUUGUAUUCCACUGAUUGAUUGUAAUUAAAUUUGAAGAGCUGAGUAUGUUGCUGUAACCCAUGGUCACUGUUGGAUCACCUCAUGCAUAUUACAAUGCUGCGUACUUGUAGCUCAGUAAUGAAUGCUCAAUGAAGGACGUUGGGAGAUGAAAGCUGCCUGCUGUAUCCUCUGCCUACGAUCAGGUUUGAUGUACAGGGUUUCACCUAAACAAGUUUCACCUUUCUUCUGUUGAGACUCAAAGUCAUAAUUAGCUUGACCUUUGUCAUGUAAGUCUGAGACCUGCCUGCCAGACCUUAAAGAAUGUGCUGACUCCGAUUUAGAUCACUGCAGUUGUAACUGAUUGGCCUCAGGGUGGUGACUCACUGGGGAUAUGCUCUUAAAAAUUAUAUAGAAAAAACGAACAAGAAAUCAAUGUUGUUUAAAAAAAAAAAAGAAAAACAGCAUCAGUAAUGAGAUGCAAGCAAGCGUGGCUUUGGAAAAUUAAAGUGCACAAACAUACGGAAGAGUGAUAGUACUAUGUUCAGUAUAUGGGAUGAUAACUGAACAAACACGGUUAUUCUACUAGAGUUAAAACAGCACACAUUGGUGCACACACAAACAGUCUAUAAAGUUGACUGACAGCUGAUGGUGUGGUCUAGUGGUAAUGAUGACGACGGGGGCUCAGAGUUGCAUGAAGAGAAGAAUUUACUUUUAUUCAGCUUUAUUCCUCGACAUAUUAAAUUGAAAGACAAACUAGACAUCCACACCAAAAAUAGAUGCUGUUAAUCUGCUCUAAAAUCUGAAAAAUUGAGAAAUGAUUGCCGAAAAUUCUUUAUAAGACACAAUAUGGCUGGACUAUAACCAAAGUUGUUGAGCUCAUGUAUUUUUUUUUGUCCUUUUUGUCUUAAUUCUGUGCAGACGCAUUGAUGACGAUAUGGGCCGAACUCAUGAACUGGAACACUCUGCCAUCAAGUGCAUGAGAGGGAUCCUCUACUGCUACAUGAGGCAGGCUGACAAGGUGAGGGUUUUGCUCCUGCUGUCACAUUGCAGGUUCCUUUUAAAGGCAUCCUGCAGUCACGCGCAGUAUUACGGAUCAAACAUGCUCCAGAGCUGCUUUUCAUCAAAGCCUGUCUGAGCUGCUGCUUUGGACUCAUCCUGUUCCUCUCAUAAUGUUCAUACAUACACAAACAAAUCACAACAGGAGUCAGCUGCUUUUGUCCUAAGGGUGUAAUAUCCAACAAUCUGUUAAUUGCCAGAGACUUGAGCUCCAAAGGGGGGGGGGGGGGGGGGUUCACGCCUUGGCUACAGGAAAGCAGUAUAUGCAUGAGUAUGAAAAGGCUGCAGAAAAAAAUAGCAAAUCAUACUCUUUAACACACCUUUAGCAGAAACAGUUAAAUGUUUUUUUUCUAAAUCCUCUGGGAGCAGGAUCUUUGAAUAGAGUAGCAGCCGGUCAUGUCACUGUGUUCAUGCAUGUGUACAGCGUCGUGCCUUUGAAAGUCAUUGUGUUUUAUCUAGCAUUGACCUUGACAACCUAAUUUAGGGGAGAGCCUUCCUGUGUCUUAAUUACAAAGCUUGGUUUACACACUUAAUUACACAGAGCAGUGUUCGUCGCGGCCCCGUCUCCAACACUUACGAGGAACAUGGAUUUUUUAAUGAAGACGUGUCACAGGCCACAGCCGGGCAAAUAUCACUGAACAGCAGCUGGGUCCUAUUCAUAGACUGAAGAAAAGAAGUAGACAAAGCAGCUAUGACAGGCAUGUCCAAACUGUUCCACGAAGGGCCGUGUGGCUGCAGGUUUUUCUUCCAACCAAGCAGCAGCACACCAGACUUGAUUCAUUUCAUCGGCUGAUCUCAGUCUGCAGACAGCUGAUUGGUCAGACUGCGUGUUCUUGAUUGGUUGGAAGAAAAACCUGCAGCCACACAGCCCUUUGGACAUGCCUGAGCUAUGACGUUAGCAUAAACAGUUAAUAGAUAGACAUAGUAUUGCCAAAGGUGUUUGAAGAUGACACUCACCAUCUCGAAAUGCCGACCAACUAGCCAUACCCUUGAUUUCACCUUAUUAUGCCUUCAUACAACCCAAACAGAUGAGUUAUAAAAACAAAGAUUUCAUAAAUAAUAAUGUCAUAAAUUGUAGAGAACAUGUUUCAAUGUUAUGAGAAAAAUUAGCAUUUGAAUUUGUACUCUGAUGAGGUUUAAUGGGCCUCAAGCAGACAGUCAAGAAUCUGCAUUUUUUUUCGCUUUUUCAUUGGCUUUGUGUUUCAGACCAGAGAAGAACUCUGGGAAAUUGGCCACUGGCUUGUGGUCCACUGUGUUAAAGCCCUGAUAGGUAUUCUAGGAGAACACCAAACGUGGGUCUGUGUGUACAACUUUGUAUUUUUGCUGUCUUGGCCAGGUCUCCCUGAAAAAGAGACUUUAGUCUCCGUGGGACUAACCUGGUUAAAUAAGGGUUAAAUGAAAAUAUGUACUCAAUGGUUUGCCAGUAAUACACAUGGGUUGUUUGUUUUUUUUUAAAAAACACAGAUUAUUCAUUCUUCUGUGUAAGUUGCUAAAUGUGUGCUGUACAAAUAUUUCAAAGAUGAAGUAAAAUGCAUUGAUUCAUGAUGGAGACAUUGAACUAAUUUGGAGGCGUUAAAUAUUUCUUUAUAAACAAUUGAUUAAAAAACUGAAGUGCUUUCGUGUGAAAUCUGUUGUUAGCUCAGUGAGUAACCCCCAGAAAAUCCAUACCCCACCAGACUCUGUAGAGUCUGUGUGUGAGAAAGAUUGUAGCCCUGUAUGACUUGUGAUUUUAGAUAAACAGCCUUCUGCUUCACAUUUCUGUUUUUUAAAGCUCUUUUUCAAUUUUUGUAAGAAAUAAAACAUGAAAACACGACAAGAUGCACAACACCACAUGGUAGACUAAACGAGCACUUGAGCAGCCUAAUAUAUGUCAAUCUAUCGAUAAAGGCAGAUACAAACCAUUAAUAUAUUUGUGAAGUAACACAGACUUGGUAGGAUGUGAACUUUAAAUAUACCUGCUGACAUCUUCUUAGCUUCCUGCUUUCUCAACGGUGAUUAGCUCUGACUUUAGAGGGCUGUACACUGGCUCUUAUACUCAUCAGGAGCAGGUUUUGAACAUCAAAUGUAUCUCUUGGUGAGUGGUUAAAUGGGAUGCAGGACUUCUGUGUUGGUGGUAGAUGUAAAUUAAAUGCACUUAGAGGCAGGCUUGUACUGUUUACUGAGUAAAAUAGUGGGCAAUGAAGUGUUGCUCUAAUUUGAAGCACAUAUUGGUGCAAUGCAGCACUUGAAACAAUGGGAAAGAUGUGUGUCCUCUCAAAAAAUCCCAGAGUAGAGCCACUUGACUCUGUGGCUCUGCUGGAGCAACAACCAGGGGGCCUCUACACACAAGUAGGUUUUAUGAAAAUGCGAACAGCAGUGUCUAUUGUUGGCUGCUGAUGUAGGAAGGUUUUUCACUCAUCUUCACUCACAAGCAUGCUUACAUCAGCCGCUGAGGGAUAGCAGGAAGUGGAGCAGCUUGUGUAAAAGUAGGACAGAGGGUCUCCAGUAUGACCUGGCAAGGACAGAAAAAGGUCUGCAGAGGUAGAGAGCCUGAGGAAAGAAGGGAUUUUAAAAAAGAAAGUUUGAGAAAAGAAAUAAAAACAUGGUGAUUAAGAAAAGAGAGGAAAAAUAAUAGAGGGAAAGAAGUAGAGUAAGAAGCAAGUAGGAGUGGGAGGUAGAGAGCGCAAAAACGAAGGUGGGAAGUGGAGCCUGAUGAUUGAGAGAGCAAUGAGAGAUGUGGAGCGAUGAGGAACAAACAAGGGAAAAAUGGGACAAAGGGGCCAAUUAUUUAUAACUCAGCGUGAUGGGACAGGAGGCCCGGCUAUAAUUUGGGGUGUAGCUGAGUUAGUGCUGCACAAACAGACACACAAACAGACACAUAGAAAAAUGAUAACAGAGCAGAACAGAGACAUUAUCUCUGCUUUAUAACAUCAGGAGUUUAAAGAUUGACCUGUUUGAAUCAGUCAUUGAACUCUGGUCAAGAAAAUGUCAGUGUCUUGCCUUCUAACAUAGUCAUUUUUGCCUGAUGAACAGUAUGUGUUACUAAGCAAAAGUGUCCUGUGUUGUCAUGAUGAAGCCAGUGCAUUGCACUCUUGGACCAUGCCUUGCUUAAUGUCAGGGAUAAUGCAUCGUGAGUGGGUAGUUAUGUGAAGUGGAUUUGCAAGAGGAAGUUGAGGGGUCAGGUUUCACCCCACCUUUCAGAGAAGCUAGAAAACACACCCAGAGAUAACGCCUCCAUGUGUGUAUCUGAUGUUAUGAAACUUUGGUGAGGUUGUGUCUGGACAUCCAACAUUGUAAUAGUUAUCAAGACAUCAUCAAAUCAAAGUGACAACUCUGGAGCAGUACAGUCUACUAUACAUCAUCACAACCAAGAAGGUAGAUUUUUGUUUGUUGACUCGAGACAAAAACUCACUUUCAGACUUGUUCAAGGCUGUAAUGUUGUUUUAAGAUCCAGGAGGAUACUGGUGUUUCCUGUUCCUCCCACACCUCCUCUCACCUGCAUGUCAUCCCUCCUGUCUCCUCUCUGUGUCUUUGUCUACCAGGUGGAAGAGUUCAAACAAGACCCCAGCCCCUCCAAGUGUCUGCACUCAGUGUUCAAUGUGGACACUGGUGACGAGGUUCACUCCUACAACGACUACCACCACCUGCAGGUUAGCAGAACACUGACAGAUAUAAAGAUAUAAAGGAAAUGAGCCAUUAAUUAGGAGAAUAACAGGAAAAUGAAACCUUUCAUAACCACAAAGAUUGUACGUGUACGUCUUUGGGUUUGGAUCUGAGUGUUAUCAGGAGUUCAGAUGGAGUGAACAUACUUACAAAGGUUAAAGACCUAGUUAUAAAGUUUAACCCCUCUGUUACAUUUUAUGUGGUGCUGAAAACUGAAAAAUAAAUUCCGCCUGCUGUAGUUAGUUAAGAAACUCAAUGAUAUCAACUUUCCCAAAGAUAAAUAAACAAUAAAAUGAGCAAUUAUGUGAGCAAAUUAUACACUAAAUAACACAUUAGACUUGCAUCUUUGUUUGGAGUUCAAAUACCUCUAAAAUGUGUCCUUUGUUUUUCCCCUCAGCUUGGCAUGUAGGGACGGCUUUAACAAAUUGACUUGACCUAUUUGACCCAGAGGUGGAUGUGCAUCAAACCAGCACUAAAACAACUUAUUCUCCUGUCAAUGAUAUUGACAAAGGUCAACUUGAUGUGUGACAUUUGAGUGAAGACUACAUUACCAGUAAUGGGUGGCCAAUGCAUCAAGUGAGCAAGAUAGAAAAUCAAAAUGGGAAAAAGUGGAAGGAAAAAAACCUUACAAGGCCAAAAGUCAUCCCUGAAAUAAGUAAAACAUUAUUUUAUGUAUUAUCUUGAUUCUUUUAAAUCAAGAAAAUUCCACUGAGUGAGACUGACAAAACAUACCAAAAAAAAAAACAUUAAAAAAUAAUGUUACAGAGCUCACUGUUUAAAAUCAAUGUAUCCAGACUGAAAACAAGAUAAACGGUUUAGGAAAGAUUAAAGACAGCUGCAUCAUUCAGUUUCCAAAACUACUGCAGGUGUCUUGGAGGUGGUGUGCGGAGGUUUUGGCUGGUUAUAAAACUGGCUGAAAUAAAUACAGAUCUUUGACUGAUAAAGGAAAGGAAACCAUCAGGGAACAAACUGAAUCCUGACAAAGCAUCUUUUUCAAAUUUAUGUGUUUAACACGUGGAGAGAUGGCAGUGGGAAAAAUUCUUCACAAAGGACAUCCUGACUGACCAAGCCCUUCUUGGGUUUAUGGUUUUCACACUAACUUUUUUGUUCAUGACAAUUAUGGCGCCCCCUGUGGAGAAAGUGACUUAUCAGGGCCCCAUAGACCACCUGGUCUGACAUAUAAUGCCCCCCCCCCCCCCCUGGAUAUUGUUGCAGAAAAAAUGAUUGUUGAUUUCUCUCAGUUUCAUUGGAAGCUCAAAAUAAAGAUGCAAUAAAGCUUAAACAACAGAAUUUCUCUGAGCUGACAACUUCUCACUAAAAAUAAAUAUUUUGCCAGGCUCAUGCUCCCUUAAAUAAUGAUGGAUCAUCUUAAUCAGCACCAUUGUUAAACACUUACUGAAUAUUUAUUUCCUGUCUUUGAUUUCUUGUCCAUCUACUUUGUUAUGAAAUGAGUUGUUAUUGAUGAUCCAUCCUUUUGCCUAAAGCCUAUUAGCUGAUAUAAAGCUCUCAUCUGGCUCUGAACACCAUGCGACAAAUCAAACAACUCUAUGGACAAAUGACCACGUAUCCCACAGUGUAUUAUGGCAGUCAUGUUGAAAUAAAAUCUAUUCCACUCUCCCUUCUCUCUGUUUCUCUCUGUGUGCAGAUCGAUGCCGUUUCUCUGUUCCUGCUGUACCUGGUGGAGAUGAUCUGCUCGGGUUUGCAGAUCAUUUACAACACUGAUGAGGUAAACAACACUCUGAAACCACUGCCAAAGAGAUCGAUCUGAGACAAUAGGGAUUUAAGUCUUUUCCUGUCUAUUGCUCUGAUAUUUUUUGGCUAAUCCACAAUCAGCAAUCAGUAUUCAGUCAAAGUCCCAAGAGGUUUAAAAUAACUUCUUUAUCUGCAGUGAAUGAUGAUACAUUUUCUCAAGGUUCUUCUUCUGCUCUACAUCAUGCACACUGCACUAGUGUUUCAUUCAAGGCAUUUCAGAGAGAAAUCCUGUCAAAACUGUAUUACUUAGGGAUGUUAUCAUUACCAUUAUCAUCAUCUUCAUCAUCAUAUUGAUAAAAUCUGGCCAAUUCUCAAAAAAGAUGUUGGCUGAGCUGUAGGUUUUUCCUCCCUUUCAUGACACAGGUUUUUGGCAUCUUUUGCACACAGGCGAUGAUGAGUCAGUGGGCUCGUCAUCAUAGCCAGCUCUGAAGGCAAAAUAGUCCUAAAAAAGACUCUGGCAGCUAUUUCUGUUCAUCAGCACAGGGUGUGGAGUUAUUCUUCAGAAAGAUGACUUCUUGUUGUAGGUAGUGGGCAUGUUGAGGUAGAGGCAUUGCUUUUCUUCCUCUGAGCAUCAGCUCACUCUUUAUAAUUGUGUAGAAUGGACAAGGACAGAUGCUUUUCUUGCUGAUACUGACACCUUAAGGAGAUGCAGGUAAUUCUAUAUACUGCCAGUCUGUAAAAUGCAGCUUUUUCAGUCACUUAACUCACAGCCACACUAAAACAUCCAAACAAUGCCAGGUGCUGAAUGUCAGGAAAUUGUAGUAGUGUUAAAAAGCUUUUAAAAAAUUACAGAAAUUUCAGUACACUGUGCAGCACCACAGACAAUAGGACAUAAUGCUGUCUUAAAAUACUGAAAAUCUGGUUACUCUUCAUCCCCAGUAAACAAAAAAAUGUUGUAGAGGAAAAAAGGCUCUGAAGUCAGUCAUCUGCUCCUUGAAUCUCCUGCACAGCCCCUCAUUCAGACACAAACUCAGGAUAGAGGGGCAAUAGCUCAUUUUUAUAGUUUGGCUCACAUUUAUAUUUUUCCUGAGCCGCUCAAUUGACUUUCACAGGGAAACGUUUAGAUGAUUUCAUUGUAGAGGCUUAAAUGGCGUCCUGGGAAUCGAACAGGUAACAUCUUAUUUGGCGGUGCACCAGUGAAGACUAUUACUGAAGCUGUGCUUUAAGUGAUUUUCUGUGAGUCUGCUGUAUCUGUCCAGUGUUUUUUUUUUUUUGUUUUCUCUUUUUCAUGUCGGGCUGGUAGUAAAACAGGAAGACGCCUGGAUGUUGAGUUUACACACUGUGCUGUUUAUUGUGUGGCCCUGAGGAGCAGUUGGAACUUCAUUAAUUCUGUUAGUUUUAUAGUGAGCUCAUUCACAGCUUUACUUAAUGCCACAGAGUGGGGAAAUGUGUGCCGGCGGUGAGGGAAUCCAUUUGUUUACUAGAUCGGGCUUAUCUUAAGAAAGUGAGGACAUGGAGAACCAUUUUGCCACCAACCAAUUAGAGUGUGCACUUUGUUUACAGAGAACUCUCCCUAAUUACCUUUCAUUUUUCCAUUUCUCAAUGCUGAUGGCAAACAAAUUGACAAUAUAACUUUUUUAUGAGGGCAGUCCUGUUUGUCCAGCAGCUUUAAUUUGCAUGUUUAAACACUGCUUAUUAGGUUGUCUAAUUCAAGCUGAAGUAGUCUGAAGCCCCUAUUGCUCUUCUGUUAACAAACAUCAGAUCUGGGGUGCAGCAGGACUUGUGAUAUCCUCUCUGAACACUGUCUAAAUACUAUUUCAUUCGGCUAAUCACAUAAUUAGGGUAUCAUUCAAUAGACUGUUGCUAGCUGUCACUGCUUGUGAAGUCUUUUGGUGUUUACGUGACUGGACUAGAAGCUGCAUUGCAGCAUUUUUUCUGGUGCUGGUAUAGGAAGGCUGAGGCGUGUCCACUGAGAAGAUACACUAUCGACCUCCUUCCAGAUGUCAUUUUCAGUUUCAUGCAGCAUGAAAUGGAGUGUCUUAUUAGCUGUUGUCUGUGUUGUUUUUUCGCAUUAACACUGCUAUGUGAAAAAGCAACAGCACAUGCAUGUAGAACAAAUCUCAAAAAUGUACCUGUGUGCUUCAACAAAAAGAUAUCAACUUACAGGGCCGGUUGUGUCUCGUCAUGAAGACAGAGAGGCUUGUUUGGCCGCUGGGCAGUAACAUUCAUUAAGAUACCAUUAAGAUACUAAAAAGUCCCUCUCGUUAAUCACUGCGCUCAUAAAAAGCCCAAUAAGAGAGAAAGAAAGAGAGAGCCAGCGCACACCUUCCUCUCCUCCUCAGCCUCAUCUGUGUCACUCCCUCUCUUUCUGCCCUUCUUCAACAUUCUGGCCUAUUAAAGUCCGACAGAGGUUGAAUCUGCUUCUCUCCAUCUUUCUCUCCUCCACUCUCUCUCUCUCUCUCUCUCUCUCUCUCUCUCUCUCUCUUUUUUCUCUCUCCCACUUUGCCAUUUUAGAUUAAAUCUCCCAUCAGUCACGCGCGCGCACACACACACGCACUUGCUACUUUUGGGCCUUUUUAAUGAUUCAAGGCCUUAAAGGCAUCACACCUUUUAUGCCUCUCUCCUUUUUUUUUAUAGGCUGCCUAUUGAUUUUGACAUCUCUCUCUCUCUCUGAGAAACAGUGUCCCUCCUCUCUCUGUCAGUGUGCGCCAAAUGAAGAACAAGUAGGAAAAACAGUCUCACUGUGUAAACCUCAAACUAUCAUGGCCACCUUAUUGUUUGGCUGUGAACUCAAGGACACUGGAGAUGAGUUUUUAAAGUCAGUAAGGAAAGGGCACCCUGUUCAUUUUUCAAAACCAGCUCUGAAUGGAUACUGUGAUAUGUAUCUGUUCAGUUUUUGUCAUGCACACUUAAACAGCUCCAAACAGUGCAACACUUAAGAACCUUAUUCCAUGUUGUCUGCACCUUCAGGGUGAUUCUGUCCUUGUGCAUUGAUGAGGUAUCAGCUCUCUCAUCCACUUUCAUAACCUUUUUAAUGAGGAGAGUUUCAGACCUCACACAAGAUCAAUAUGAAAAGGUCACAAAUGAUUGUGUGCAAGUGUGACUGCAGCUUAGAUUAUGUACACUCUGUGUUUGUGUGUCUCACAUCAUGUUUACUUCCUGCAGACUGCCUGUGUGUAUAUGUGCAUGCAUCUGCGUGCGUGUGUGUGUGUGCAUAUUCAAUCCCAAUGUCCCCUGCCUUCCCGCGUUUGAUGUGUGUGUUACUGUGUGUGUUUUUGUGCAGGUUUCCUUCAUCCAGAACCUGGUUUUCUGCGUGGAGAGAGCCUACAGGGUGCCUGACUACGGCAUGUGGGAGAGAGGCAGCAAAUACAACAACGGCAGCACUGAGCUGCAUUCCAGGUCAGUCAGCAGCUCAGCAACACAUAAAUAAUGUGCUAAAAGAGAGUGCACACAGUGGAGCUCAUAUGUUGGUAUUUAAAUCUACAAAGUCAUUGUAGAGGUGGAAUAACAGCACUCAUAACAUGCUAUCUUCCUUGUUUGUCUGCAGCAGCUAUAUCAGCUUAUUUAAAUACAAUAUUUACAGUGCUACGGGCAAAGCAUAACAGAUUAAUUAAAGUUGUAUUUAACCUAUAAUCUCGUCAAAUUCAGACAUAAAAAAUGCUUCUAUAUUUCUCAGAAGUACUGUAUGAGCGCCCCCAUGAGUCUUAUUUAUCACCUCAAAUAGUUGGGUGUACGUUUAAAAAGUCAAUUAUUAUUGAAGUACUUCAAACCACAGCUUUUAUUGUUGAACUGUACACCUAGAGGAUUUAUUCUCCACAGAGCUGCUUUUAAUUACCUGGCAAGUAUUAAUAGGGUUGUUCAUGGGUAUAUAUUUUAUCUAACAAGGAUGGGCAGAAUCAUCCGCUCAUAGGAGAAAAUCUAUGGUGACUAGUUAGCUAUCAUAGUGGCCUACCUUGUGUGUUCAGGACUGUCUGAGGUUAAACAGGUUCACUUUAAGGAUGUCUUUAGCAGCAACAUAUGGUGCAUUCCAUUUACCUUGGAAGUCAGAGCUGGGAAUGACGUCACACCUGAGUCAUCAGCAUUUCAGAUACAAAGUCAGAAAAAAGUAGCCAACAGCCAUAAACACCGGCUGAAACUGCCAGGCUAUGGUUUGCCGUUGUCAGCACAGCCUGUUUUGGAGCUUGCAUAUACACAUGAAAAAUGUAAAUUACACUAUGACAGCAUUUCCAUAUCUAUACAUCUAACAAUACUAUUGUUUACAGCUGACUUAUUGUGACAAAAAAUAGUAAAAAGUGUUAAUAAAAAGAUUAAUACAGGAGCUUCUACUUGCUGUUUACAACUGGUGCCACCAUCUUUAAAUGUCAACCUAGGGGUUGUGUGGAUCAUCUGACUUUCUGAGUUGGAAAUCUGACCUCUGGGUUCGUUCUAGUUGAAAGCUCCGACUGUGGCAUGUGGCGUGUGGUGUAUCUUGUGGACCCAGAAGCAGACACGGAGACAGAUAGUAAAUUAAAGAUGUAAUUUUAAUGUCCAACUCAAGGGAAAAGGCACAAGAGAAAGUCCGGUUGGCUGGCUGGCUGUUGUGUGGGCUGGAGACACUGUAGAGAAAACAGAGGAGAUGAAAGUGAGAAGGCAUACAAGGAAUCACAGGGAGCAAAAAUUACUAGCACUUAGCCGAGGAGAAGGCCGGGAGAAGCGUUUGUACCACUGAGGAGUGAAGACAAUACUCAGGCGCUGAGACUGAGGGCUGCUGGCUUCUCAAAGGGCCUUGAUUGUAGAUGCAGUGCAGGUUUGGAGUCUCACUCAGCCUCAGCGACCAGAGGAAGGGAAAGUGCACUGAAACAACAGUCAAGCCAGACCAGGAACACAAGGAAAAUGGGAAGUUAAACCAAAAUUAAACAGGAAGAAGAGGCGUCUCACCACACCGACUCGGAGCUCAAAAAUCCCGAAUUCUGAGUACAACUGAGUGCACCAAUAAGCACAGUCAUGGAACAUUCAAUUCAGAAACUGAGGUCAGCAAUAAAGUCAAUAGAUUAUAAAAUAAUGCACAACAUGAAUGACGGCUUCCUUCUUGACUUGCAAGGUAAUUUUUGGUAAAUUUCUGUUUAAUUUUAAUGUGAAAUUUCAAGAUUGCAUUUUAUAAAUUUCUGAAAUAUAAAUUGCAUUUAUAUAUCAGCCCUCACUUACUUUACACUGUCAUUUUUCACACAAAGUUGUGGAAGCCUAUAAGGACACUUGCAGCCUGUACCUUCGACAGGCAAAGAGAAUUUGGGCCAGCUCAUGACCACAGCUUUAAAAAACAAUAUGGUUGAUAAAGAGAGAGCGAGAGGUUUCAACACCAGAAAGAAGUAAGAAAGAAAAACUGCCAGCAAAAAAAAAAUAAAAAAUAUAUCACAGAUCUGAUCAUCUGACCUUUUCUUCUGUAUGUAAGCACAGUCUGUAAGUUUUAAAGCACGUGAAAUUCACUCCUACAUCUAACCUCAAUAAAGAAAAAAAAGUGUGCAUCUAGCCUGUUUUGAAUGGUAUCGUUAUAAAUUAAUGGUUUGAAUUACUAUAUGCUCCAGAGAUUAAGAUUUUGGACCACUUGUCAAAACACCAGCACUGUUGCCCCAAACUGAUUUAUCAUCCAAGGUCAAAGUGGCCUGUUUCUCUUUCCUCAGAGUCUUGAUAAAGAUCCUCAAUUUCUCCUUUUUUCUUAUCUCUGCAAACCUUGUCUUUUUUUUCCCUCCUCCAACAAACUAAGGCUAUUGGCAGCAGCUUGCUGAGAUGUCCUCAAGAAAAGAUAACAGAUUAGAUGUCGGGAUGCAGCACUGUGUCUUAAGCUUUUUGUGUUUCCUUUCCCCGAGGUCAUGCUUAGGAUUGCUACAAUUAGUAAACUAGCUUAUACAUGUAGUUGUGUAAUACCAUUUAACAUGCUGUAUGCAAACAAUGCACUACAGCAGAGACAGAUUCAUAAUGAUGAACAAGAUCUGUCUAAAUGAUCAAAUUGAACAGUCAUCUGUAGUCAUCGAUUGCCAGCGGGCACAGAGAAAAGGCUUUUUGAAAAUGAACAGGAGAGGAUGUGUUUUUUGGCAGAGUAUUCAUCCGUCCAUUUCAAAUUAAAUGAGUCAUUUUAUCUGCUUCUGCCUCAUGUUUAUGAUCACACUCAGUAAAAUGAGUAGGCUGGAGCUGCGCUAUUUAGGAUAGUGUAUCUAAUCUUUUAUGCAUAAGGAUUUUUAUUAAUAUUUCAACUGUUUGUGAGUAAAUGUGAUUUUAUUUGAAUUAUAACAAACAGGACUGUGCUUACAAAAUACUGAACAUGUCAACAUCAAAACAUGGACAACAGUGCAAAUUGAGCACAUCAAUAUGAAAGCUUACUGUGAUGUCUGCAGGGAUUAAAGUUCCCUGGAGCCACUCUAGAUUUCUGUCAAUUUCAUAUUCACUAGUUAUGUCAUAUAAUAUAAAUAUAGUCGAGGGGAAAAAACAGGAGAAAGAUGGUUGGUGAAAUGAAUUAUGUGCAUUUUAUUAUUAUCAUUUUUUUGCUUAAUUGCUUUGCGUAAUUAAUGGUAUCACAACACUCCUCUCAUCAGCUGUGCCUUGACUGGUUGAGACCAAUAGUAAGUGAGGUAUUAUUAUUAUUGUUCUUAGAUAUUUUAUAUCCAAAAGCUGUUUACUUUUUUUACUGUGUUUUAUUCAUUAGCAGUAUUUCACCAAAUAUACAUGUUUUUAUUGUGUCAGUCGGAUGUAUAUUAAAUCGAUGAAUCAUUGUGUACGGGUUUCUUUUUAACGUCAUCCCGUCAUGUCUGGGCAUUACAGCAAUGACUCAAAUUAACUCUGGCUACAGAGAUAUACAUGAGAAAGAUCAUCAAGUUAGAGUUAUGUAUAAGUCAGUAUUUUUACCUGCAGCCUGAUCUAAUACACACAGAGAGCACUUUUACUAUGGGCUGAGAUUAGUGCCACUAGAAACUGAAAUUGAACAAUCAUAUUGAAUUUUAAAAGCAGGAUUUGAAAUUGAAAUUCAUGUCAAAUUCACAUCAAUAGAAGCUGUGUAAAUCUCUGCUAGAUUACUCCUCAUGGACGAAAAUGACAUCAUGGCUGUGCCGUGCAAGACUUGAAUUGUAAGACUGAAUCUGAAUUUUGCAAACUGAAAUUGAGUUUUUUUUUUUUUUUUUAAUUGAAGAAAAAAGAGUUGAAUUUUCAUGUAGGUUAAAUACGGUUUCACAGCAGAUACAUGAAUGUAUGUCUUUGAAGCUCUGACCUGGCUUCAUUCCCAUCAGCAGUAAAACCUUUCUAUGGCUGCCCAAAUUGAGAUUGCGGGCUGUGAAGAGAGCUGAGGUUGGUGUAAAUUCUCAGUUUUCAAGAACUGUUGUCAAGGAGCUCUGCCACCUCAGAAGCUAGUGAACUGGAUCCAAAGAUCCCUGUUUAUAUGGCAGAGUUUAGGUACCUGGAAAAUUGCAUCCAAUGUUUUUUUUUUUUUUUUAAUAUAAAUAUUUGUACUAGUCCUGCACUAAAAUCUAGGUUUGUGAACUGGUUUCAUUCUCCUUUUAACAUUGGGUAUCCUUGAAAAAUUCAGCUGUUGGAGUCUGCCUCAAGCACCCAUAGGCAAUAUUGGAAAUAUCAACUAAAUUCUGUUGCACUUUCCUUCAGUUUCACUUAAUGCAUUCAGCUGCCCUGCAAAUUACCCUUCACACAUUUUACUGUAAGAGCAAGUGAAUAUUGAUGAGCACUCUACAGUAUGAACUGAUGAGUUUCCAAUAACAUUUUCAUUAUAUCACGCUGUAUCUCGAGCUGAUAUCUGUAAGUGUUGCGUCAUGAUGCUGCUUAGCUUUUCUAUCUAGCAUCACUUUCUCAACUUCCUGUUUUCUCACUAAGGAUUGAAUCUUCUCUGUCUCUGCAUGAAGUGCAGACAGCCUGGCUGAACUCUUUUGGCUGUCUUCUUGUGGAACAAGGAGUGAGUUUCAGCAGAGCUUUCAGUCAGGCUGGAUCUUCUGUAUUCUUUGCAUUGAUUCUGGUUUCUCUAAUGGUACUGAAUGCAUUCUGAUACAUCGGCAGAUCUACUGCCAGUUGUCCCCAAGUUCCCUUCUCUCCCCUUACACCUACCCCCUAUCUUUGCUCAGAAAAUCUCAACGGGAUAGAAAGCUAAGCAAAAUGACAGUGAAAUUGACUCACAUUUAUUCUGCAUUGCAAUCAAAGAAGCCAGCCAGUGUGAAAUUUACAGCAAAGUUUUUAUUAAAGUGAUCCAUUAUCUACACUACAGUUGUGACGUGUUCAGCUUUAUUGAGUCCUAACAGGUAGCAGUUUAAGAUCUAAAUGACUUUUUUGUUUUAGGGAGGAAUUCUAGCACCUGAGAAAAACGUAUUCUUCCCUUCACUAGCCUCCACAUAGUUAAUAACAAAUUCUUUCAAAUCGGCCCCCCAAAUGCAUCAGUAUAGGUGAAAGCUGGUCACUGUAGAUUGUGUAACUGUCUGUGAUGUUUUCUCUGCAGCUCUGUAGGCCUGGCUAAAGCUGCCCUGGAAGCCAUCAAUGGAUUCAACCUGUUCGGAAACCAGGUAAUUGAAUAAUUCACCUUAUUCUGACUCCUUUCCUCUACACUCUACGUCCUUGUCUUGAUACGAGCUCCAGGACACAUAUGAAUUUGCCCCCUAUAUAAUCAUGUCAUGUGGUGCUAGAUCGUAUUAUAGAUGGAUGACCUAUUUCUGUAUUAAGCUUGCAGAGGCUCAUUACUUCCCCUCACAUCAGUGUGAUAUGCAGUGCUGACGUCAGCUGCAAAGAAUGGCAUGCUGCCUAAGAAUAAGAAUAAGAAGAACUUCAUUAAUCCCCAAAGGGAAAUCCAAUUGUUUGUUGUCUCACUAGACAUGUCUCUAAAAGUUAUCUACUAUUUACACAAGAGUUAUACAGUCUGAUGGCUGUUGGUACAAAAGAUCUUCUGAAUCUUUCUGUCCUACAGCAAAGAGAGAGGAGCCGUCCACCACCAUUGGCCCUUUGGUCCAUUAAGGUGUUGUGAAGUGGGUGAUUCAUGUUCUUAAGAAUAGUCUCCAUCUUCCUCAGUGUAGAUCUCUCCACCACAUCCUCCACUGAGUCCAGCUUGAGUCCUACCACAGAGCCAGCCUUUUUCACCAGUUUAUUUAGACGUCUUGCAUCUUUGUGUUUGAUACUUCCUCCCCAGCAGACUGCAGCGUAGAACAUAACACUUGCCACCACAGUCUGAUAAAACGUCUGCAGCAUCUUACUACAGAUGUCUAUUGAUCAGAGUCUUCUCAGACAAAAGAGGCGGCUCUGCCCCUUUCUGUAGAUGAAGUCUAUAUUCUUAGACCAGUCCAACUUAUUAUCCAGAUGUACACCUAGGUAUUUAUAUGAUGUCACCACUUCGAUGUCCACUCCACAGGUGUUCACUGGCUGAAGAGGGGGUUUGGAUCUACAGAAGUCUAUGACCAUCUCCUUUGUCUUUGAGGUGUUGAGGAGGAGGCAGUUUUUGUGACUCCAGUCACUGAAGGCUCUUAUUAGAUCUCUGUAUUCAGCUUCUUGUUCAUUUCUGAUACAUGCCGCAAUAGCGAUGUCAUCUGAGUAUUUCUGGAUGUGGCAGGACUCAGUGCUGUAUUUGAAGUCUGACGUAUACAGUGUGAACAGGAAUGGCGCCAGCACUGUCCCUUGUGGAGCCCCUGUACUGUUCAUUAAUGUCCCAGAAACACAGUUCCCCAGCCUGACAAACUGUGGCCUCCCUGUCAGGUAAUCUGUGAUCCUGGAAACACAGGAAGGAUCCACUCCCAUCUCUGUAAGCUUGUCUUUGAGUAUGGUGGGUUUGAUGGUGUUGAAUGCACUUGAAAAGUCGAAGAACAUGAUCCUUACAUAAACCCCAGGUUCCUCCAGAUGGGACAGGGCACGGUGAAGCAUGUAGAGGACAGCAUCAUCCACUCCAAUGUGUUCUUUGUAUGCAAACUGCAGGGAAUCCAGUUUGUCUUUGACCUCAGACCUGAGAAGGCGUAGAAUCAGCCGCUCCAGGGUUUUCAUGAUGUGUGAAGUGAGGGCCACUGGUCUGUAGUCAUUGAGUUGAGCAGGACAUUUUGUUUUUGGUACUGGCACAAUGCAGGAUGUUUUCCACAAAGUAGGUACUCGCCCCAGCUGUAGACUCAGGUUGAAGAUCCUGUGGAGAGGUUGACACAGUUCUGCAGCACAGUCUCUAAGCAGCCUUGGACUAUCACUUGAAUCAAAGUUGGUAUUAGACUAAGACUAAUGAACUGUUUACAACCCAUUUUCAAAAACUUUGGGAUGCAGUGAUACCAUAGACGGCCUGCAGUAUAUGUCAUAAAUCCCGCCUCCGCCUCUUUGUUUCAUGCCGUUAACAUAAAGACUGUAUAUUAUGGAGGUGGCAUUGGUGAUGUUUGUAAAGCAGAAAUUUGAAGCCUGUCAGCAGCAUUUCCUUGUUUGGAAAUCCAGACUCAAUCUAACUUUCAGUCAGCCUUUUAAAGCGGGGCUUUUUGCCUCCUUGUAAAUAGCUGCAGUGUGUCAGCCUGUUAGUCAAGUCAGCCUCUGUUUUGCAAAUCUUGUAGCCUUACUAACUAGAUAUGUAUGUCACGGGUAUGCAUUUAUGCAUGACAUACAUAUUCCCUCCCUGUACAAUGGGUGCUGUGGAAGCCCUGAGCCAUCUAGACCAAAACCGUGUUUUAAACCAGACUGUAUUUAUUUUUUUCAAGUUUAGUGGGAACAUAGUUUCCUAUACUUGUUUGGUUGUUUGGUCUACCUUCAGGUAUCUGUAACAGUGUCCAUUAAUGGACAUGUUUCUUUCAUCUUUCUGGCUUGUUUGGAGUAAAGGAAAGCAGGGACAGUUAUUUCAUCUGAUAAUCGAUUAGAAAAUAAAGACCUGUGCUUAGUGAGCCACCACUCUAUUAUCUCUUUUCCUCUUCUACCAAAGCCAGCAGUGGCUUCUCUGACUGUCUCCUGCAUUUGAACAGUGUUUUUCUGAUCAGAGAGCGGGGCUGUCAGAAUGAGUGUAUAUUAGAGUCAUAGUUUGUUUUUCUCUUUUGAUCAGCUGCAAAAUGAGGGGUUUAACUGUGCCUGGAAAUGGAUUUUCUCAUCGAGCUCAUCUUGUUGAAAGAAUCAAUUUAUUGAGGUGGCUGCUUUAUGAUCCGUACUGCUGUGUGGGGCCUGCGUAAGUGAGUGUGUGUCUGUGUGUGUGGGAAUGGAAGUGCUGCAACCCAGCCAGUUUCUUAUUAAUGAUCUCUAUCAAUCUCGAUAUCCUAGCAGACCUCCAUCCUUCCUACACCAAAUGUAACUCCCCCAGACCCUUUAACUGAAACCUUCACUUCGCUCUGAACUGCGCUAUCUCAUUUUACAGUGGCUGCAUACUCUUGUGGGGGUGUGUCACUUUUAGCCUUUGCUCAUGAUUAAUGGACACACAGCCUCCACUUUCAUAAGCUUUUUCCUCUGAUCCUGCUGUGUCAAACAAUAAAUAUGAACAUAGUACAAAAACUUGACUGCAAGGAUUGAACCAAUCUUCCCAAAAAAUCUUCUAAUUUGCAGCCUGUCAUACUAUUCACAGAAUUACAGGACUGUCACCUAAUUCACACCCAAUUAAGGACAGGAGGAUGGGGGAGAGCAGAUACACACUAAACCCUAUCUACAAAUCUUUUUGAGAGCAUAAAUUAUGCUUUACUUUUCUCUCCUGACAGGAGAAGGAAGUGCCAAAUUCAAGGCACCAUUAUAGUCUUUGUGGUGUUAUUAGGACCAUAAUAUAGUCUACACCCUGUCACCAUUUAUUAGCAGCCCAUAAUAGCAGCAGUGACAUUGAUGGUUUUAUGGCAGAAAUUAUAGUGACAUGUAAUUGACUCAUAAUAUGGAGUCACUUUUUUAUACUCAGGGACGUGGGUGAACUCCUACAAAAGAAUGGAGUAUGAGUGAGGUAGUUAAGAGAGGAAGCAACAAGGAAGGAAAUAAAUACAAACUGUGAUAGAAUCACUUGUAUAUUUUUGAAACACAGGCCAAUAGACCCAUUUAACCUAUCCUUUCCCUUCUUGUAUCUCUUUAAGUUCAUCUUAGCUCACUCUCCACAUUAAAAGUCCCUGAUUGUUUCACAGUUAAAAUACCUUUAUCCUGAAACAAACACUUUCUGCAGUCAAGUUAAACAAUGUUGUACAAAUUGGGAAGUGGGAGAGAAUGACAACGCAAAUCACUUAUUCAGUACACUAUGUACUGAGUUUUUAACACAAUGUCAAUUACAGAAUCAUCUUUCUGAUCUCAUAUACAGAAUUGAGUUAAGGUGGACAAUGCAGGGUAGCCAACUCAAUCAAAUAAGAGCCGUGAUGAGCAAAGGCCCAAAGAUUUUUAUGAACUUCUCUGUAAAAUACAAGUUGCAUUAAUAUAACUGCAACAAGUUUUUCUUUUAGUCAAAGGAAAACAUGACAAAGGCAACUGCAACUAUUACACAAAGUCCUGUAGAUACCAAGUGAUCCAUCCUUUGUGUGUGUGUGUGUGUGUGUGUGUGUGUGUGUGUGUGUGUGUGUGUGUGUGUGUGUGUGUGUGUGUGUGUGUGUGAGAGAGAAUCUUUUUUGCAUACCCUUUCAGUCUAAGCCACUCUUAUUUUGAAGUCUGAAUAAUCAGCAGAGCCUCAGAAUUUAGACUGUGUUUACAAAACUGAAGCAUACGCCCAUUCAUAGUUUUUAUAUAUUUAUAUACAGCACUUUUGAUUAAAGUCUUAAAGGAUUGCCAUAAAAGGCUGCUUUGCCUCUUCAGUUUUAUUUAAAAAAUGGGAGCUCGCUUAAGAAACUGCUUUAAAAGAGCAUCUCUCUCAGGUAAACACUCAGUUCACAAACUGUCUUUUCUUUCCCUCUUGCUGCCGUCAGACCAGAGGAGAUUUCCCUGAGAGGACAUUUCACUGACACGCUGCACAGCUGCAUACAUUGGUGGCCAGCAAUUCACUGCACUAUGCAAAUUGCAACAGGAAAGCUUGCUUAUUUGACUAAAAGCCCUGGAUGGAUCUGUUUUUGGAGGAAAAAAACUAGACUCUAGCAAAGUUCAUACAUAAUGCAUUUGUCCUACAUUAGAAACUGCUUAGUAGGUUGUAGGAGUGACUCUGUUGGCUUUAUGUAAGCUCUGAUGGAUGGAUGAAGUGCACUGGACCAGCUUUUUACAGCUGAAAUAAAAAAAGGUUUGUUCCCUUCUUUUACGGAGUAAAGCCUCCCCACCACCAGGCGUUUAAGUGCACCGGAUGAACGGGUCGCAUUGUAGUCGAAGCACUUCAUUUUCAUACACGGGGACUUUUGAAGUGAGAGGAUGACUCCCGAAACUAUGUUGUUCAAGCACUCCCACAUUGUACUUCAAAAGCAUGUGCAACCCAAAAAUAUCUGCCUACUUUUACAGCCACAAAGUAUGUUUUGGAGAGUGGAGGUGUGAGGUGUGAAGGCGGGGGCUUGAAAGAAGACCUUAAGUCAUUUUAGCCAUUUUGUUGUCAAAUGUUUUUCCAGAUACAUGGUGAGGGAGCUUGUUGUGCAUUUUCUUGUGGGUGUUCACAUGCAGAGCAUGAGACUGUGGGCUGUUGAGUGAAAAGGUGAACAGUUCAGCUCUGAUGGUGAUGUUGUCUGUGUAUAUGUUUUUCUCUGCAGGGCUGCUCAUGGUCAGUGAUAUUUGUGGAUCUGGACGCCCACAACAGGAACCGACAAACCCUGUGCUCCCUGCUGCCCCGAGAGUCUCGCUCACAUGUGAGUCAAGUCUUUGCACUGAAAUCACUCAAUGAGAACGAAAACCUUGCACAUCAAAAUACCAGAUAUAGAAAUGCUCAUAUGCAAAUUUUAGCUCAAAGCUGAUGACCUGAGAUAUUUUUCCAAAAAAGAAAAUCACAAAACCACAUAAUGAUUUAACCCCCCCCCUUUUUUAAAAUAAAAGAGCAGCUCAGUGGUAACUUAAAUAAGAGUGCAAUAAACCUUCAUAUCCACAAGAAACUGGUCAUUUCAUGUUGUUAAGACCAUUUCUUCAGACUGCAUUGACAUGGCCGAUGACCACCACCUUCGAUAGAUAAACAGCCUGCAUUUACUGUAAGCCCCCACAGUAAAUACUGAUCACUGCGGUUUAAGCUCAACACCCGUAACCAGCUUAUCCAGGCUUCUCACUGGACACAGCUGCAGUGUGUGACGGCUCUCACACAGGUUGGCUGGGUAAUGGCUGUGGGAGUUGCUGCCGUCAGCCUCGUAUACCCAUCAAUUGUAGCUAAAAAUAGGAGCACUUAUUAGCGAUUACUGAAAAGUAAUCAGAAUUGUGAAGAAGAGGCAUGUGAUCUGCUGUAGAUCACUCUCAACUUGACAGUUCACUUGAAAUACCGAUAGAAGAGUUAUUUCAGGGGUAAAGCUUGCAGAAAAUGAUCUGAUUUACACAUGUUGAAGAGUCCCUGUGGAUUAGAUACUUGAACUACAUUUAUCAGCCACAAAGAGCACUAGCUCCUAAGAUGUUCUUAGGAGAUGGAUUUUAGGAGAUGGUGAUGGAUCAGGAUUAUUAAAAUUAUUUGUAACUGUAGUCUUCUCUGUGUGACUCACAUGACAUUUGUCAACCUCCAGGUGUUGAAUAAAAUGACCUUUUGUAUUACAUUGCGCUACUAGCUGGCAAGCUUAACAAGUAAGAGGUACAUAAAAAUUACAGGCCAGCUGUGUUAGCAAAACAGUACAAUGUAAACAGUCAAGGAAUACGACCACAUACAAAUGUAAUGACUAGUGUGGUCUGUUUGUGAUGAUGAAAUACUGUGGAUAGAUUACAGUAACAAGUAUCACAGGAAAUGUCACAUGAUGCAGCACUUCAACACAAACAGGAAGCAAAUGAUGAAGUGUGCAGUCAGUCUGUUCUUGUAACCUAUGUCCAACAUUUUCAGUUUCUUAAAUGUUCAGAAUAUUUCUUCAUCAUCUGAAGCUGUUUUGGAUCUGACUCUUAUUGCUGCUGUCACAGUCAGCAGGCAGUAGCACAACCUGUGUUCCCAAAACAGCAAUGGGUGCAAUGCAAGAUGACAGACCUCUCAAACUGCUCACUGAAUCCAUCUGUACUCAGGGCUCAGACAUCCCUGACCAUGGGUGUAAACAGCAGAAGAGCUUAGUAAUACUAUGAAUGGAUCACCAAACCAUCAAUAUAUUGAGUAUCCAAGCCCACCAAAACUCAUUCAAAUCUGAAUUCAAAAAUGUUUAAUUCGAAAAUUGACUAUAUUUGUCAUUUCAAGUGAAUCAUAUUUGUAAUAUUUUCUAGUUGCUUACUGCUUUGUAUAUGAGACAAUGAGGCUUUCAGGGAUGUUAGUUUCCAGAGGCUUUCAAAGGGUUAACUUUACACAUGCAGCAACUAUCCAAAAUGUGAGUGGAUUUCUUCAAGUCAACGACAUAUUCCACUCACAGCACAGUUGUUCAAACACACACAUACUGAUGCUUUUGAGGAUUCUGCGUUGAAAUGAAAAAGGGAAACUGAGAGAGCGGCUGCAGAGCUGGUGGGAGGUAAAGCUGAAAAGGGACAAAAAGCUGGAGGAAUUUCAUCCAUGUCUCUCUGCUCCAGCCGCUUGCAGACACUUAAACGAUCACAUCUCUCCCCCUGUGUGCUGAAUAGCUGCCAUCAGCUUGUGAGAAAAUGAGUAUAAUUAAACGAACAGCGUGGCAUUAUAGCUGUAAGAGUGUAGGAAGGAUGGAGCGCAGGAGAGAGGGAAUGAGAGGUUGACGUUCUGUGGGAUAAUGUCAAGAUAACUAAAAUAUCAACAUAAAAUCUUUAUCCCUUACACUUUGGCAAGAAAUUGGAAUUCAAUACACAAUUCUGGACACAUUCAAUACCCGCAGUGGAUGUGUUCUGCAAGCUGAUGGCCCAUUUCAGCUGCAGCUGCCGAGGAUGUUAACAUGAAGAUUGGAGCUGUAGCAAGACGAUGAAAAUAAGAGGGGAGUGGACUUGAUGGAGCAGCAUUUGAAUUUUCUGUGACCUGUUUGUGAAUUAAAAAGAAAAACAAAAUUACAAUUCACAUAAUGAAGCCGCUCUGAGUGCAUUCCAUGAUUUGCAUAAACAUCUUGUUCUAAGCCAGCAUGUUUCUGUAGUUAGGAUAGAUUGGUUUUAUUUUAUUCAUUUGUCAUGCACAUGUAGUGCCAAAUCUUCAUGGGGUGACUAGACACCAGAAAUACAGCUGCAGUGUCAGUCUAUUCAUAACAAGGUAAAACGAAGAUGCAUGUAGGUUCAACAGCUCUCUACGUAGCAUGUAUUCUUUCUUUGUACCUGGGCUUUGCAGAUAAAAUCUGUCAGGGAUAGAAACUUGAGUUUGAGUCACACGUGAACAUGACUUGAGAUCUGACUUGGCUGUAAAUUUGGGACUUAUGAUCAAUCUUUUUAUCUUUGCAUUUUUGACCUAAAUAUUGCAAACUGAAAGUCAUUCCUCAUCAUGCCUAAACCCCAAAAUUUAUUGCACGGUGACACCGUGGCAAGUGCAUCAGCUGUUUCUUAUUCAUAGACCAUACCUCAGCAGCAAGCAUAUUUGAUGACUAUUUAUGUGUGCCAGGAUCCAGGGCUGCUUGACUAUAUAAAUUCUAAGCAAAGUAAUACAUGUUUAAUGUUUGUUUCCUCUUCCUGGUAGAACACAGAUGCAGCCUUACUUCCAACCAUCAGCUAUCCUGCCUUUGCAGUCGAUGAUGACGCCCUCUACAGUCAGACACUGGAUAAGAUCGUCCGCAAACUGAAGGGCAAACAUGGCUUCAAACGGUUCCUACGUGACGGAUACCGCACUGCAAAUGAAGACAAGAACCGUCGGUACUACAAACCUGCUGAAAUGAAGGAAAGUAUUGACCAGACACACAUAUAGGACCCCCACCCCCUUUUAACCCUUUGAUUUUAAUGCUCAUAUAAAUGACUUCUGCUGUUUAUUUUGACAAGAUGAAUUUAAAAAAGAACCAAGUCAUCAAGGAUGAAUCAAAUGAAAGCAAAUCUUACUCUAGCAUUUAAUCAUAUCAAGAAAUAUAAAAGUAAAAAAGGAUUAUUACAGUGGCUUACAGCAAUUCCUCAGCAGCAUUUCGGCUUUCAUUUGGAGUCAGUUUUUUAUUUUUCCUUAGUGGGAUUGGGGCAGAAACAAUACCUUCCGCGAUGCUAAAAAGAGACCUGCAGGAUGUGUCAGGGGGCACUCCAGGGGCAACAACUCUGACACACCAUGUUUCUAAAAUCAGUUCCUUUUAAUUUUGUUGCUAAAAUGAUUAUUAAAAUUAUUAUGAGGAUAAGCAAACAUCAUUGAAUUCCUCAGUGCCUUCAGGCUCUGUCAUGCCCUCAGCUCCACCAGCAUGUUGACAAUUUAUUGUUACAGACAGCAGUGCUAGAAAAGCGGCAUAACUUGAACUCUUGGUGUCAGAAACAGCAUUUUAUUUAUUUUUUUUUACAGAAAUACUUUGAGUGAGUGAGGUGUAUGAUUGUUACAAGAUAGAAGAAGUAGACUUUUUAUCACAAGAUAGGACAGCAAAGAGACCAAAUGAACUAGUGAGUCUGUAGAGGGGCAUCAUAAUCAAAACAGGUCUCAUAAGAUAUCAACAGCACAAGCAUUAACAUGUAAUGACUACAUGACUGCUGGCCUUGAUAUAAAUACUGAAAGAUGUCAAGGACACCUCCAGUCUAUCAGAGGUAGACUGAACUCAAAGUAUAUAUUGAGCAGCAAGUGAACACACAGAGGUAUGAAAUGUCCAGGGAGUUUCGGACAUACUGUGAGCUCGAUGUGGAGAGAAAGCGGUCUCAAGUGGAGCUGCUCUCCUGUCUGAAGACACGGAGUGAAGCUGUUGUUGGUGCUUAAGAAAGAAUUCACUGCACAGACAUCUGUGCUCCCUGUCUGUUUACCAUUGACAGGAGGCAGCAGCCUGUGUGAUAGACAGUUUUACCAAUCAGUUGAGCUGCUCAAGCACAAAACCCCAGGGAGUCCUGCAUGUUUACAGCCUCAACAGGCCAAAAAGCACAGGCCUCCCCGGGUGACUGCCUCAGCUCUCUAUUUCUCUCUCUCUCCUCCACUCCCUCUCCCCUCUCCUCUACCUCUGUCUCUCCUCAUGCUCCUUCUUUCUUCCAUUUUCCUCUCUUUCAUCCCCCCUUGACUCCUGAUAGGGACUAAAUUGCUUCUCAUCUCUGCUGAAACACACAGUUUGAAGCCAUGCAUACCUACAUAAUCGCAGGCUGCAGACAUUAACCAUUUAAAGCAGCAUACUCAGGCCUGCAGAUGUGACACUCUGUUCAGUGAGAGUGACUGCAGCUCCCGCUGGUGUUAGUGUGUGCCAGCUCUAUCAAACAUUUGUUAUUGCAUUAGGAUGUAAUCUCUGUUAUCUCCAAUCAGUGUGGAGAUUAUUGAAAAAGAUGAGGGACAAAGAUAGGGUGGGCUAAUGACAUUUUUAGAUUGAUGGGCUAAAACCCACACGCACGUAAACAGGCUUUGUAAUGAUGGAGGCUAAUAAAAAUCUGCAGUUUGUUUGAUCCUUUUUCUCACUGACCUUGAUUUCCCUUGUAUAUCCACAUAUAUGGUGGCCAGAAAAGGUUUGUUCUGUAAAAAAAAAUGAGAGACUGAAUUUUGUCUUUGGGUUUGUCUUGAUCCUCUAUAGAGAAGCAUAAACAAGCCUCAAUUGAAUUAUUGAAAUUAAUAAAGCCGUGUUUCACGUGACUGUCUCCUCGACUUGUGACUUUGGUGUGUGUGUGGCCUAUAUGUAUGUGACAUGACACACACAUUUACUGUGCGAUCUAUAAUAGGAUUUCUGGCUGAGUAAGAUUCAGAACAUAACACUGCCAGUGAUGGUGUUCAUGUCAAAUUAAGUGUUUGCUCUGGAAAAUUCACCCCAACUAUGGCCACACGCUGACUUUUGUUUGUUUGAGUUCAGUCGACUGUAAACAUCAAGACAGUCACACAGUCACUCAUGCAGUCAUCAGUUACUGUCCAGUCAAUCAAUCAGUCAAUCAAUCAAUCAGUCACAGCUUUUUAAAAGAGGGAGAGAGGAGAAUGUUUGGAUACGUUUAAACCUGCAUUAUUUAGAGAAGGGACAAACAACAUGCUCCCAUACAGGAGGGUUUGUUGGUAUUAUAUACACUGCUAUAGCCAUCACAGUAAUUAAAUAUCAGCUUCAACAAAAAAGCUGCAGGAGGUUUGGAGCCUUUUCAAAACCCCAAAUAUACAAAUAAAGUAAUAUAUAUCCCAGGAACUUAAAAGUUGAUCAUAAGUCUGUGCAAGCUUUAUGCUUUCUCAUGCAUCAUAAUAAAUAACAAUCAAGGCUGUGUCUAUUAUGCAUAAUGGUCACCUGACAAAAGUCUUGCAAAUUUCCUUUUUCCUUUCUGUCUUCUAUGGUUUUUUCCCAUUAUGUCCUUAAAGCUAACCAGUGACAGCAGUAAUAUAGUGAUUAUGUAAUAUGCAGUUUUGUGUGAGCAAGAAAAACCAAGAUGCGUAGAUUACUAGAUUGGCCAAAAGUUUUAGGUAUGAGACAGGACUCAACUCAAUGGAGCUCAACAGCCAGCUUUAUACAGAGUAUGAGUGUAAAGAACACCUUUCAAUGUUGUUUUCAUAUUGCUGUUAAAUACUGGUCUGUAAGGUUGUACCUGCUUUGUCCUUUUGGCAUAGAUAAAAAGUUUCAAAGUUGUUUAAUACAGAGAUCGUUUCUGUUUUUAUGUUGUAAACAAUAAACCAGUUUGAGAUGGUUUAUUGGUAUUUACCUUGUUUUGUUGUUGUUGUUUCUCUGAUUGUCCCUGUUAGACCUCCAUAGUAUUUUCUUCAACCCCCAAGAAGGACUUUUCAGUUUAUCUUAAUUCUGGUAUCCCCUGUGGAUGAAGCAGCAACUUUUAUUUCUUUCACCUCUUCGUAAUAUUGUUUAAGUAAAUAAAAAGAAUAAAAGCGCAUUUCCUGCUUUUUGUUAACUCUUGCAUUGAAACGCUGUGGACCCAUGAAGGGUUUCAGACAUUAGAAACUACUUCAAGUAAAAACCCAGUCUUUGUUGAUGUUCAGAUUUGCUUUUGUAGUUCAUGAUGGAAGUAUAACAGAAUAUUAAUUGUAGUCUGUCAGGUAGUUAACUAAAACUAAAUUAUGGGUGCUUUGAGAACUAGGUUUUCCUUUGCUUUGAGACACUGUGCAGUAGAAAGUCAGCUGACGGUCUCAAAAUUUGAUUUCUCUGAUGAAGGAAGAAGUUGCCCAAAUCCUCCUAUCUAAUCUAAUCUAAUCUUAGUGAUGUCAUACUAGCAGCUUUUGAUUUGUUUUUCAUGCUCAAGGACAAGUAUGAAAGUGUCAUUGAGAUUUAGUCAUCUCUCCUCUGAAUUAAAUCUUCGUUUAUUCUUUUGUUUUCUUUCCUUUUUUUUUUUUUUUUACUUAAAGAAAAUGGGAAUAGUUUACUGUAAAAUGCUUUUUGUGUCACCGUGGACCUCCACGGCAGGUAACCCUGUUUAAAGUUGUGUAGUGAUCCACUUUUCUCACAUGCUUCUUUUAUUUUUCAAUGUGUCACAAACUUUCUGAAUCCUCAGUCCUUGAAAUGCCCAUAUUUCAAACAGCAAAACUUUAAAAUUGACAAAUGACCUUGGAAGUAAAUAUUUAUCGCUCUUUAUGUCCUGGGUUUUUAUUCACAGUGUCAUGUCUUUCUUUGCUUCCCUCUGCUCUAUGCCUAUCCUUAUUCAGUGCUUGUAAAAUUCAGCUUUUUCAAGUCCCCAUGCCGUCUUCUCUUUUGAUGUGAGAAAGCAAUAAUUCCUCCUCUCUCUGUGUGUCUCUGCAGCUUUUUGA